AUGGCAGAUCCCAAAUACCGCUUAACAAUGGAAGAGAAGAUGCAUCUUGAUGGGAAUUCAAACAGUCCUGACGGCCAUAUAAUACACAGUAGAAAACGGGUGCAAAGAAAUGGAUGUAGCACUUCAGUACUUGUGUUUGUGGUAGUUCUGCUUUCCCUGGCCUGUAUCAGCCUAGUCAUAUUUUUGGCAAUAGAAAAAUUGCAAGGGAACGAUGAAAUUCGAAGCUCGUUUUGUAGAACCGUCCUGGGCACAUCUAACUCGAGUGGGAAUGUGACGCCACCAUGCACAAGUGUCCAAUGCAUACUCGCCUCUGCCAGUAAGUAGCACUUGCUAACCAAAGUCAUUUUUAUUGAAAGCUAUUACGACUCUUAGGAUUUUAGAACCUUUUUAUUCUAAUGAACGGCGCGAAAAAAAAAAAAAAGAUUAGAUAUUUCCCAACAGAAAGGAAAUGGCUUACUUAAGGUUGACUAGCCAGCCACCAUAGUUACACUUCGCAGAUUUCUUAGGCUAGAGAGUCUUUACCAUUGGUUUGCUUUCUUGUGAGAUGAAACCUGCUAAAUUCACUUACAAAAUCUUUCUAACAAUUGGGUCGGAAAAUGCUUCCAAAGAUGUAGCUGUUAACUUUUGUUCAAAGUAAUUUAUACAAAGAAGAAUUGGGAAAUUGCCAAAUUCGACACUACGCUAACCAGUGAAUUUCCGGAUUUGUUUUUGUCGCAAUUUGUGUCCUGUGGAUAAAGUACCAAGUUAAUUUUUGCUAUGAUCGUUAAAUUUAAUUAAAUAUAGUAUGUUUUACAAAAAGUAAUAUUAAAACUCUUCUUUUUCUGUUGGGGAUACGCCACAUGAAGAUAUGUAAAAGAGUAUCUGAAGAACUCUUGCGAUGUGUGUUUGCGUGUUGCUAUAUAAGUCAAGAUGAGCGUUCAAAUCCUGGAACAAUCCUGCUGGAUACCAGCAAGUGGCUACAAAAAGUUGCCAUGUUUUAAACCUACUUAGUACUCAAACUCCAUGCUUCUCCCAUAAACGGCUGUACUAUCAUUGCUUGACAGUGCUGCGUUGAUGACUUACAAUGAUUUUAACAUUUUCAUGAGUUCUCUCUACCUUUCAUUCAAGCGUUAUAGUUAUAUUUACAUCAAACUAUGUUUUCAUCUCCUUCCUAUUUGUAGUAGCAGCAGAGUUAACUUUGGAUAGUUAAGACCUUGAAUAUUCUCAUCUAGGCUAAUUACCAGUGAUGCAAAUGUCCAAUAAAUCGGAAAGGUUUUUUUGAUAAAUUGAUUGUAACUGAAGUAAUCCUUAGCCCCUUUUCAGUUCAAAGUUCUAAAUUUUAUUCAUCUGUGUUAUAUUUUCCCCAACUCACCAAGCAACGGGUGGAGCGGCAAUGUGACAAUGAAGACAAACAUUACUCGAUAGCUUUCGCUAACAAUAAUGGUUCGCUGGGAAACUGUAGCAGAAUUCAUUUUAUCCAAACACGACGAUUUCAAAAGUGAAGAAACGUUCCUCUCGUAGGUCCUUGCCGUGAACGUUGCUACAGCUUUUCUACCGAUAUUCAUCGCAAAUCUGUUGAUUAAAACAAUUGUAUUCAUUUUUGAUCAAUUGUCAAAGGCGAAUCAGUCGAUGCACAUCUGUGCCGUUUUUCUUUGUGAAGCCAUCCCAUUAGAGUAAUCUAUAUUAUGAGCCACUAUAGUAAGACUUACGCAUAUGGUUUUAGACUCAGAACAACUGUUUACCUUGUUUGAUUCUCUUGAUUCUUUAAAAGAUAUUCUGCGGACAGUCGACCAGAAUGUAGAUCCGUGCGAAGACUUUUUCCUUCACGCAUGUGGCGGCUGGAUCAAGAGCAACCCUAUUCCACCUAAUGAACCACUCUGGAAUCAAGUGCUUGCUCUCAAGAAAAGAAAUGACCAACUUUUGAAGAGGCUUCUCGAUGACAAAACAGUCAGAAAGAGAUAUAUCGGGGUGAGUGACUCAUUUCAUAACUUUAUUGCCAGUUUUAUAUUAGUUUCCAGAUUGCAUAGAUCGCAUUGAAGGCAAGAUUAAGGGGUAAAUCAUCCCUUUCCCCUACUAUCGAUAAUAUUUAUAGGACGUAGCCUCAUUAGUUCCUCUUUGAUUAGAAUGAUGCUGUUCAGAAGGCCUUCCUAUAUUACGAUUCCUGCACUGACCAGGACGCCAUUGAACAUGCGAAAGGGUCACCUCUUCUUGAAUUAAUUGCGAGGUAUGGAUCAUGGAAUAUCACCAACAAAACUUGGACUUCCGACUCCUGGAAUUUUGCCGAGACUUUGGUUCGUAUUCACAAAGAGCUCAAGCUCUCUCCACUGUUUACACUUCAAGUAAAACCAGAUCUGGUGGAAUCCUCGCGCUACGUCAUAAUGGUAUUGAAGUUUAUUUUAGAAUGAUUUGAAAUCCAUCAAACUCGGUUGUAUUUGAAGUAGUUAUAGGUCUUAUUAUGGUGGAUAAUUUUUGUCAACAUCAACAUCCGUUACCACAACUGAAAUUAUGAAAUUAAAUGAAGAUAUGAUCCCGGCAGGUGAACUGCAAUUAAAGAAAUUGCAAGAAAAAAGACAUAGCAUCCUAUCUCAUUCAUAGCAGCGCAUUACACCUUCACUUGAUUAACACCCGCAAGGUCACGACUCGUGUUCACAUGAUUCUGAAAAGCUAAUAUCUUGGAUGACAAAAGGACUGAGGCGUAGCAUACAUUUAUCGUGAAUUACGUGCCAAAGCUAAUCGAGCGCUGAAAGUGCAAAUCGACACACACAAUUUUUCUAUCUCGGAACUCGGAAAUUCUAUUCCCUUCGUUGUCCAAAAAAAGUCUUACCUUCCCUUGGUGAAAUGACACUCAGUCAUACAUUUGAAAAAUUUAUUAACUUGACAACUAGUCGUUUCACUUUGUUACCGAUAUCUUUUUUUAUUGUAUUCGUGUUACUACAGAUCUUCGAAAACAGUUUGCUACGGAGUUCCUCCUGACCAAAUCUAAAUUUCUCUAUUUCAGCUUUUACGACACAUUCUCGAUAAUAGUUCAUAACAGAGUUUCUCCUGGCUAAAUCUAAAUUUUCUUUAAUCCGUUUUGUUGACGGACUCUUUAUAUCAACAACUACCCCUUGCUAAUCCAUGAUAAGCCUCAGGAAUUUAGCAGCGUGUUAAAGAGGAGCAGUCAACUUACAAAAAUACUCCCUCUGCGGAAACUAAUUUUUGUCUAAAGAAAACUUAAAUGUUUAAAUCCAUACUUAAAUGCUCAACUCAUAUUGCAGUUUUCCCACCGGUAACCUAUUCUUUUAUCUUUUUCAGAUAGAUCAAACGACUCAUACCAUUACAAGAGAUGCAUACCUCGCUAAUACUUCUUACCAUUACCAAGUAAGUGAUAACGAUUCCUGAUAGAUAUGAUGUACAACGUAUCUGUCUCAUCACGUCCAAAUACCUAUACUAUUUUAAAAGCACCUACUUUUUAUUGCGGCUGGACUUUUCGGAAAUAUUUCCGACUAAGUUGUAUUCUUCUGAGAACUAUCAGAAAUCUAAAAUACAUCCGAAAAAAAUCAUCAAGAAGGCCUCCAUCGGUUAACUGUCAGCCCUCCAACAGCCUGAACUUUAACCGGCAACGGUAGAAAAAAGCACCACUUUCAGAUUGAAUGGCUUUCUUACUUAAUAACUGUUUCUGACCAUGUCAAGCCGCGUCAUUCCUGACAUUUACCACAUAACACUGAAAAAACUUUGACAUUGAAAAAACUCAACCAGACCUGGAGCACUUAUGGCUGGAGCUACUAAGGAGAAACAAACACAGUAAACUGUUGCUUGGAGUUAUUUACAGGUCAGACUUACUGAUGACGGGCUAGAGUGUUUCGAGGACUUGCUUGGUCAUAUCACAUCCACGUGGAAUGGCAAGGUAGUUCUUAUAGGCGAUAUUAACUUGAUGUUAUCGGUCGCCCUGACUCUUUCCUUACGCGUUACGGUAAUACCUUAGACAUGUUUGUUAUGAAGCCGAUUAGAGUCACUAGGACCUCUCGAACACUGAUUAAUCAUAUUAUUACUAACCUCCCAAUGUGCAUUUCUGCCACUGAUGUCAUUGCUACCAGUAUUGUAAGCGACCACGAUUCUCCGUUUGCCUGUAUAAAUGUGGGUGUAGAUCGGUAUCUGAACAUCGUAUACUCAUGUGAUAAUCCAGAGGAACAGUUAGAACACUUAAACAGCAUGUUUAAGGAGUUUAUCGAGAGACAUGCCCCUCUUCGGAGGGAGAGAGUUACGAGUUUCGGAUAGAGGACUGCCAAAUACGGUCACUACUACAGCGGGACGUCAGAAACAAGUUGAAGGCAGCUAUUAGUCGGGCUCGCGAGACCUUCACAAGGCAGGCGUUAUCCUCUAAUAAACCGAAGCUGUGGCGUAUUAUCCACCGCAUACUGAAACCUAACCAGCAACCCUUGCGGCAGGAUCCUGACAGGUUAGACUCAUUCUUUGCUUGUACUACCGGGAGAACUUUACCUGUUAGUGGUGACUUACCUUCCUGUCUUAAAGAAGAAAUUUAAUCUCUACCUGAUGAUAGCCCUGCUAAUUUCAAGCUCCGAGAAGUGCCCCACAGCGAGGUCCUGAGCGUGCUGAAAUUGUUAAGAUCUGAUACGUCUACUGGCCCCGACGGUAUCCCUGUCCAAUUAGUUAAAAUGGUGGCUGAAUCCAUUGCUGGUCCCCUCACAACUAUUAUCAACAAAUGUAUCAGGAAGUACUAUUUUCCUAAGGCGUGGAAAAAUGCGAGGAUCAGUCCAAUUCCUAAAGUCGAUCAACCGAAGUCUGAGGAACACUUUCGUCCCAUUUCAAUUCUCCCCACAUUAUCAAAAGUCUUUGAGAAACUUGUCGCGCUGCAGAUGACCACCUUUUGUGAAUCUGGAUCAGUACUCCGCGAUACAAUUUCUAGCUUUCGUAAGGGACACUCGACCAAUACAGUGCUAAUGGCUAUGCGCAACGAUUUGGUAAGAGCGAUGAAAAAAGGUGAGGUUGCUCUCAAAGUGCUGGCCGAUUUCUCUACAGCGUUCGACACAGUCAACUACAAGAUUCUUAUAACUAAGUUAUCAACGCUUGGUUUCUCGAAGCCGUCUCUGUGCUAGUUGAAUAGCUACUGAGUGAUCGGUCACAUUUCGUACAGAUCGAUGAUCGUACAUCUGAAUCAGUGAACGUACGGUUUGGUGUGCCACAGGGGUCGAUCCUCGGCCCAAUGUUAUUUAACCUCUGCGUUUCCGAUCUGCAAGAUCAUCUCCCUUUCUCGAUUGGUUCAUUUCAAUACGCUGACGAUACUAAAAUAAUUAUACCAAUGGAGAGGGGCACCUUUCAAGACUGUCAAGUUACUUAAUGCCCUUUCGGCAAAUAUGAGAAACUGUAGCGAUUUCAAAGUUUAGUUAAGGGAAGUUAAUGCCUAUUUAUUAAAUCACAUUUAUAAAUAGUUUGUAAAUUGCAUAUAGGGUUGUAUAACUAUUAACAAUCUCUGUUAUAUUUUUAUACAAUAUCCUUUUACAGUCCGAUGUUAUUGCUUUUUAUAUUGUAGAUUUCAUCCUUUUUUAAUCGUUUUUCAAUAUUAUAUUGUAGUUUUUAACAAUCCUCCGAAAAUGCUAAAAUCUCGAAAAUACGAACUUGUAAACGCUUUGGGGUUGUUUUCAGGGCCAUCUGUGAUAGUUUGCAUGGUGUAUCUUGAAUUACACAACCUGCUUUUCACUUACAGGCGCAUUGAUAUCCUCCGCAUAAUCAAACAGGCACUAAAAAAUGUAUAUUUGAAAGGGUAAAGAUCGGCAACUAUGACAAUAACGACGCCAUUUCUUACCGAAAAACUCUUUUUCCUUUUUCAUGGAUAAUCUUAAGCCAUUCUAGAACAUUUUGGACGAGUUUGAGCUUAUAUUUUAGAGAAGAUUUCCCUUUAAUGUCUUUCUUUGUGGUCCGCUGCCUGCUGAUAUGUUAUUGAUCGUGGGCAUCCACGCUUCUGGGAUUUCGAUCCCACUGUCCCUGUUGAAAUUGUUACGGUGAAGUGUCAUAUAGAUGGCCUCUUUCACACUGCGUGUUAGAAAUGGGUAUCACAAUCAAUGAACUUUACCUCGUUCUAGAGCGGGUGACAUCCGUUAUUGUGAUUGUGUACUGAAAUGGCGUAGAUUCUGGUCUUCGCGAGUCGUACAUUCCUGCCGUGUUCUUUGAUUCUCUUGUAUAGAUCUGCCAGUAUCGCUGAUGAAGAAUUCCCCGCACUCACAGAGAAUCCUGUACAACAUGUUUUGAUCCUGCAUAGCCGGGUUGACCACAUGUCUCGGUAGUAAUAUGUGUGAUCAUAACGUAGACUCCAACUUUUAAACAGCGGCGAAGUUGUUCGGAAAGAUCUUUGACAAAGGGCAGGACUGUGGUGGAUCUGCUAAGUACUGGUCAGUGUGUGUCGGUUUGCUGUGUGCGCCGGUGGAUAGACGUCUAUCAGGUUCUCUUGUACUGCAGUGUCAAGGAAGGUGAAUUUGGUGUUACCUUCCGUUUCCCUAGUGAAGUGAAUGGAAGGCUGUUGGUAGUUUAAAUCAGUGUAGGAAGCUUUUUACGCGCUCACGGACAAGAUGGCAAAGAUGUCUGUCGGAUCUUUUUUCGAGCGCUGAUAAGUCUGUUUUCGAUCAAGGAGAACAUCUUAGUCCGAUAGGUGUCGGUGUACAAUAGCACGUCCUUUGUCUGCUGGUAGAACUAUGAUAGACUGGUCUUCCUCUAGGAGUUUUACUGUGUCCUGCAUUUCUUCGUGAGGUUAGGCUCCGGUUGUUUUACUUAUGAAAGGAUUCCGUUGAGAGCUCUUCUGACAGUGCCCGCCUGUUCGGGAUUGAGUGAUCUGAUCCCUAAUUCAAUCUUGCAAAUAGUCUCUAUAGCAAGUAUGUUGUCAGGAGUACGGCGAAAUUUAGGCACAGGGUAAGGCACAUGAGCGCUCGGAGCAGAACGGGUCUUACGAUAAUUGUUAUUUGUAACUUCUCUUUUCUGUUAGGAAAUUAGUGUUUUGUAUCUUGUAGAUAACGUCAAUAAUCGUUUGGGUAAUCAAAGUUAUUACCUAGAUUUUAAUUACUCUCGUUAUUAACCACUUAACAACCGAGAUUGAGGUCAUUACGGGAUAAUCUCAAACUAAGGCCUUCCUUGCCGUAUUGUUCGAGCGAUAGCGACCGACAGUCGUAGUUAUUUAGUUAUUUAUAAUAUGGCUUAUGAAGAAGAAGAAACGAAAAACUUAUUCAAGCGGAAGUCGUCAAUUUACAUCCGGCGAUGCGCACGUUUAUACAAUCAUUCAUCGACUCAAACCCUCGGUUAAACUACGUAAUCAGUGAACUACACCGGUGUAUCACGUAUUCUGGCAGGAACACAUUUAUUUUCGGAAAAGAUGAUCUUCUAUAUAGAGGUGUCACAAAUAAAUUUUUGCCUGACUUUCAAGGCAAACGUCAACUAGAAUGCAUACAGGAAAGACAGAAAAGUGCUUCAAAAUUGUAGUCCAAACUAGUCCAAACAAACACGUACGGCCUCUUGGCAAAAAGAUACAAAUCAUCGGAAUGCAUUAUUUAAAAUAUUUUAGUCUUCGCUUUCGACUUCACAUCUCCGCCUUCUAAGAGAUUUACGGAUGAUGUUUACAAGCUUUUUGAACAUAUAAAAACAACUCCAUGUAAUGAGCAAUACUGCUGCUAACAGGAACCGCUCGACUGUUUACAUCUGAUGUUACUGGAAGCUGAUUUAAACUUGCUUGUGUUAUGGAGUGGUAAAUUAUUAAUGAUAACUACUAAACUAGCUGUGACAAAAAUUAAAAAAGAGGAGAACCACCGCGGUACUUGUGUGAUCUGUUGUGCUCCUCGUAAUUUACAUAAUCCGUAAGCGGCCCGUUGGCAUUACCGCUUACAAUGCACGGCUCUGCUCUUUGUCGUAGCCAAUCAGCGCACGUUAUAUCGGCCACAAGCCGAAGCCAUAUGAUUAUUUAUUUUAUCAUAUACACUGCGGUGUUAUACAAGGAUUUCCAGCCCCGAGAAAAGCCGUAACAACGUGAAAACUAUGAUAUUUUUUCACGAGUGAUUGAUAUCGCCAAUCAGCUGCUGACACGUCACUCGUUCUUCGCGCCACCCGAUCAAGUUGAUAAAUAAACGGCAAAGCCUUCAACAUUCUUAAUCCGAGGUUGUUUGCCGGAAUAUUUUCGGGUUAUGGAUUAUGGCUGCUAAAUGAUUAAAAAAUUGUAAAAAAAAGGUCUGCCAACUUUCUGACACUGUCCUGUAAUCUUUUCGCAUUGUCUUGAGGAUUUACAGGAACACUGUGGUUUUGAUGGUUAUCUACAAACUUAUUAAUAAGUACGUAGGCCAACCUAUUAAAUAAAACUUUUGGCAUAAUUUUCAUGUUUUGCUUGAUAAAAUGUUAAUCUUAGCCUUUUCUUGAACAACGAAGGAAAUUGUUGUGACCUUCCUAUUAUGUAAAACUCCAUACAUUUUGUUUUGUUGGCUGUAGGUAAGAAAGGCCUACCAGCAGCUUAUGUCUGAGUUGAUCAACCUGAUCGGUGGAGAGACUAAGUGGGCCGAGCACCAGCUUAAAGAAGUGUUUGAAUUUGAACAGGACCUUUCUAAGGUAAGAAAUAAAUUUCUCCAAUUAACUGGUCAAAAAUCAGUUAGGAAAUUUUAUUUUGAAAUUUUAAAGGUAGUUCCAUCGAAAACUAAUCAUCGUGACAAAUGAGGAUACAUUAUUAUAGAGAGAGUAACGGCCAUUUUUAAUUUUUUCUUUGCUCAAGCUAUCCGCAACUGCUAACGAGAGAGCUGACAGAAGUAAGGUAUACAAGUUAAUGACUUUGAAAGAACUUCAAAACAAAACAGAAAAACCGGUGAGGAUUAGUAUCGCUGAAAAUUACGGCGAAUGGCUUGGUUACAUUGUUUUAAUUUGAUGGAUAACCUUAGUUAUUCGAUACCAUGUAAUCGAUCAAAUACCUUGUAUUCUUGUCGUAGUUUAUCUUCUCGGCAUAUUCUUUUGUUUUUUUCACUGGCCUAACCAGCCUAAAGCCUAAUGUACCCGACCUAAGAUAAACUUAUAGAGCAAUUUUUUAUGGAGUGUUGAUGAACCAAAGAAAGGUAACCACAAAAACUUAUCAGAACAAAGUUCAACAUCAUCAUUAAUCAAUGAAAACUCAAAGGAAAAUAGAUAACCUGCUUAGAGCGCGGGGAAACGCGAAUGAUCGAGCUGGAAUUGGUUUUUAGUUUUUUAUUUGAUGUAUUGAUAGGGAAGUGUGAGUUUUCUUGACCAAUCACAGAGCGAAGUAAAGCAGAAAUUAAGCAAUCCAAGAUCAACUUCGACACUCAAUUGAAAAUUACUCUUUUGUUGUGCCGCUGCUAUCAUCACCACCACCAUCACCACUACUACAGUCCACUUCCGUUAUUCCGAACACCCUCGGGGGAAGAUUUAGUGUCCGUAAUAGUGAGAUUCCGUAAUAGCAGGAAACGAGAGAAAAAAAUCAUUUCGUCUUAAUGCAUAAGAAAUAAAAUGUAACUACGUAAACAUAAAUUUUAUACCGUGGCCACAAACAGAUCCGGUCGCAAGCAGGAAAUUUUCAAGUUCGCAUCCAAUUGAAGAAUGGUGUCACUAGUUUCCUUUAUCAUAAUGUUGCUUCAUAUUAUGUGAGUCAGGAUUUUGGACGAGUACUUAAGUGUCUGUUAUAGCGAGAGAAAAAACAAAUGAAAUUUCGAGCUGGGGGAGGGGGCAUGAAAGUGUCUGCAUUUCCUUAAUAGCGAGAGUCUGUAAUAACGGGAGUUUAUUUCAGUCAUUUCUUUAUGCGUUUCGCCGGGGGGCUACCUCUUACUUGCAAUGGCGGGAUAUCCGUAAUAGCAAAGCGUUCGCAGGGCGAGAGUCGACUGUAACAGGGUAUAUCUAGUAAAAAAAAGAUUUAAAAUUAAGCGUAAGCGCGUGCCGUAAAAAAAAACUAAUAAGAAAAAAAUAACAAUGAUGAUAGAAAUAUAACUUGUUGAGUCUCUUCACCUUUAUUCCGUCAGCGCCUGCCUGCGUCGUCGCUUUCGGCUGUUUUAACGCUUUUUUAUCGACUUUCUUUGUAUCGCGUGUUGUGCACAAUUUACUAGUGCAAAAGAAAGCCUUCAGAACCAAAAAGCAUUUUCCUUGAGCAGCAGUUUCACUCUCAGAAUAAAUUUGAAGAGUUCCCUUGCAGGGGUUAUUUCACUAGGCUCAGUAGCUAUAAACAGGAUCUGCCUACCCAUUUAAUACCAUUUCUCAUCACAAUUUCUUUGCAUUUGGUCAAUGCUCAAGGGUAAAACUAUCUUAAAUAAAAGUUAAGUGAAUAAUCUUCAGAAGGAAUUUCUUUCUGAGUUUUGUGUUUAAAACAAUGAAUACUCAGUUAAAGUGGUUUUGGAGAGUUCUCAUGAAGAAUACCAAUAAUUUAGAGCGAUUUGUCUUUAAAGUUAAAAGCAUACAACAUCGAUACAAAUUGGUACAAUACAAGUUACUGAAAAAUGUAUACUUACACGUGUGUAAUCCGCUAUUUCUAUACUCGUAGAUUGACUGGUUGUUUUACAUAAAAGCAAUGUUUCAAGACACCAGCUACGAAAUAGAGCAAGACGAAGAGCUCGCCAUUUUUGCUUUGGAUUACUUGACAAACAUGUCAAGUUUGAUAACCAACACACCAGAAAGGUUGGUAACAUUGAGUAAUCAAUUAACCAUAUUCAAUUUGAUAGACUUAAUAAAAGUUGAAGCACUUUGAGUACUAUCACGUCAUCUGCGUCGCCACCCGGCUGCCGACCAUUGCAAACAUCUUUCAACAUCAUUUAUAUCUUGCCCAUCUACCUGCUGCUAGUUGUAUUCAGUUGAAGAAGUUAACGCUCGCUGGAGGAAAUCUUUAACUCAGUUCCUAUGCUGAUUACUAAGAACAAGUUCAAUAUCAUCAAAAUAUCAUCGUGCAGUUCAUCUCAGGCAUUUAUAAAGUGUACAUUAAGUUGCGAAACAUACCAUGUUUUGAGAUUUCAAAAAGCUACCUAACCGUUCAAAAAUUUACUGCAAAUCUACUAAAUGGGUCGCUAACUUACGAUCUAGUAGUUUCUCGCUUUUUUCUCUGUUGGUGAUUUGUUUGUACAAUUCGGAGAUGAAAAAAAAUAGGCAUUCUUGGGUCCAGAAAUGAAUUAGUGAUAACCAAAGCAGCAGUUCUUUAUGAAUCGCACGUUGUGGCUUUUACUAGUUGAUGAGUGUAAGGGCAACGCCUCUGAGGUAUUUCAGAAUGGGGCGUCAUAGCCUAGUUUUAAUGACGGUUGAAUACAAUUUUCAAAUAGUUGGUACUCUUUUUGAUGAAGACACUGCUAAUAAGUGGUACGAUUACGAUCCAGAGAGACAGAAAUAACAGCAAAUCGUCUACGCACUGUUAUCAAACGCAAAAGAAUCGAGGAUUUUACCCUCAUAGAUGUGGCGAUACCUUUUGAUUAGAAUGCUUCCACCAAAGCAUUAGGAAUGGGACACUAUGGACACUAAAACCAUUCCUUUUCACCGUCGCUCCCAAUUUCUAGUCAUCAAACUUUCUUUCGAAGGCAAACGGCCUAUUCAACAGUGUGUGCUACAAUGCUAAUGAUUCCUAUGGAUAACUGUUGUGUUCAUCUUCACAUCCAUCACAUGACAAGAAUUCAUUUCUUAUUCUCAGUUUCUUUGACUUCGUCGCCUAUAUACUGAGGACUCUGAUUUUUCUAAAAAGUCAGAAGCAAUGUGCCAGUUUUUCCAAAAGAAUGGCUACUCUGCUUCUCUCGUUCAAGAUGGCCAUCACUGCCAAACGUCACAGAAAGAGAAAAAUCAUUGAAUUUCACUCACCCUCGCAUUUCAUUCUCACCGAAUAAAGCAGCAAAAUCCAUCAUUUUUUAAAAAACUUUAAAUUGCUUUAAAAUUACUCCGAAACUGGUAUAAUAUGUAAAUAUUAUACCAGUUUCGGAGUAAUUUUAAAUCAAUUUAACCUCUGCUAAUUUCAUUCAAACACAACAAAAACAUAAAAACCUUUUCCGUCCUUUCAUUCGAAACGUUCAGAAAAUAUUGGGUCAGGACCCAAGCAAUCUGUUAAGAUCAGUGAUCAUUGUUUUAACCUGUACUUCCACCAAUGUUAUUUAUUGCGUAACUUGUACUCAGUGCAAAAAGAUGUACAUAGGCGAAACAGGAAAACGACCAAGCAACCGAUUCCGAGAACAGCUUCGUAACCUAAAGAAAGAUGAUAAAGACGCAUCCAAACCAGUCGCUAGACAAUUUCAUUUCCCUAUUCCUUCUAAGCAGCAUAUGGCAGUCUGCGGCCUUUCUCUGCCUCUAAGCAGCACGUGCACAAUCCUGAAAAUAAUUGUGAGAUCUUUAUCGUCUUCUGCUGUUUCCGUAGUGUCACGGCAAGAACUAAAAACAUAAUAUGCUAGUGUCUAUAAGCCAUAAAUCACAAAAGGAAAGAACUCAACUGUGUAGCGAGUGCGAAUUUCGACUUUCUAAAGUACACAGAUACAUACAAUAGAUAGCACCGGAAAACAUCGGGUGAAAAUUGGCUCAAGAUUGGAAUUUAAUUGUUACGCACACUCGCCCAUCUCGACGACAUAUGUGGCUUUAAGCAAUCCCACUUGAUGCUAUAAUUGAAACUCGCUCGAACAAUUUUUCUAACUUCGAUUGUGGGGGAGACACAUGGAUUAUUCUUAGUUUUUCUGACCGCUCAAUACAGGUGGAGAAUAAUAAAAUGGGCCGUUGGGACUCACUAAAGGGUGAUUGCGACCGCUUAAUGGAGGUGAAAAUUGCGGAGAUCAAUGCAAAAAAAAUCGUGGCUUUGGCAACUGACCGCUUGAUACAGGGUGACCGCUAAAUACGGUGCCGCUUAAAACAGGUUUGACCGUAGUUUUUAUUUAAAACAGUCGAUUAUUUGGGACGCAGUUCCAAUGAUUUCUCUCCUAUUCUUUUAUCAGGGUUCUUGCUAAUUACAUGAUGUGGCAGGUAGUUGUUCAGCUGGCUCCCCAUCUUAGUGAAGAAUACCGUAGGGCUUUCUACAACUAUCACAGGGUGGUUAUGGGAAGCUCGGGCGAGACAGACAUCUGGAAAAAAUGUAUUACGGAAAUGAGUCGCCUUGACAAUGACAUUGGAGAUCCUCUGGGAGUAAUCUUCCUGGAUGAGAAGUUUGAAAAAAAAGAUAAAGAGUCGGUGAGGGCCUUGUUUUAGUGAGGAGAGUUUAAACACGUUUAUUUGUUAUUUCUUUGUAAGUUUGGGAGCUUUGUUCGACAGUCUCUUUUUUACUAGUUAUAAUUUACAUGUGCGUCGAAAAUAGCGGCUCCGGACCAGUCAUCAAAGAAUUAGUCCACACUUAGCGUGCGUAUAUCGGGUUAUAUAUGCACGCAGGAAGUCUGAAGAGCACGAGAGAAGUGCAAAACUUGCUUGAGGCGCAGCUGAAAAAACCUCUAGCUUUUUCAGUGCUCUUCGAGCUAUCCAAGUGUAUCCAUAACUUGACAUACGCACAUUAAGGCUUGAAACAAUUAUUUUAUUACAUAGUAUGCAGACACAAGUUGUGCUCGUAAAGAAAGAGUUUGUUACUACUGUGUCGGGUUAACCAGGUAAUCGUGUCCCUCCCGUAAACUAUGUUUAAAUGACAAGGAGAAAACGACUAAGGAAUAUUUCGAGACCAAAGCUUAUUCAAAGAAUUGUAAAUGUUCUACUCAGAAGCGAUCAAGGAACGGAUUUCUUGCAUGUACGUAGUAAAUAAAACAUUCUUGAAUCAUUAUUUACUGGAAUUCACGGCCAGAAAUUUUCAUAGUUUUGUGUUGAAAAGUUUGAAAGUUCUGAACAAUACUUCAAGCAAAUAUCAACAGCUAAAAAUGAUAUCACAAGUCCGAAAAACGAAGCGAAAAAAAUUACAAAUUUCUUGCAUUUACGAGACCAGUGUGAUAGAUUUAUCCUGCUUGAACUAUUGUUUACUAGAAUGUACGGCAAGAAACUUACAUAGCUUUUUGUUGAAAAUUAUGAAAAUUUUAUCAUUUCAAAAUAAAAAUUUCUUUUGGGAAACAGUUUUGGGACAAAUCAUCACUUCAAAAUAAUAUUUACCGUUCUAGUGAAGAGUCCCCAGCGUCGCAAAGCCUGAUUUAAAGUCAGAAAACUUAGUUCAGUUUUCAGCCAUAAUCCGCAUUGCUUUUGGGAAUGAAGUAUCGUCAACUCGAAAACUAAUUUCGCUGCUUGAAAUAUCUACAUGCUCAUGUUUUUCCAAACGAGUAUCAUUUAGCGUAUUUUCUUUCAUUUGAGCUCCAAAAGGUGUAUCUCAAUCGGAAUAGAGCGGAAAAAAUAUUGAAAGUUUUGAAACCUCGCGGCCAAACUCUACUGAACUUCAGCUGAAUUAAAACUGCACACGUCAUAAUAUAUAGAUUUAAUAUAUAGAUUUAGGCAAGCCUAAAAACGGAGCUCGCAUUUUCUUUUCCCGCACGUCUCUUCAACAAAACUAAAAAUCCCCUACUAUGGAUACAGUGCGCGGUAAUAUUAAUGGAUUUUCAUUCGCAACUUCUCCGUGUCCUUGUAGAGGACUGAUUAUAAGAUAGUGCCCGUGGUACAGUUGGCCGCGCAUGCUAAAAGUAGCACCUUUUAUGGUCAGUCCUACGGUCCUACGGUCGUACUUCCAAAUUUUUUCGGCUUGAUGGGUUACUACUGUUUUGUAUAAUUAUGGGGCUACGCUCUGCGAGCUCCGCUAUUAUAGAUACACGGACGUGUGGCACAUAAGGAUUUUUACCAAGGUAGCGCCUUAGGAAAUGGGUAGACCUUGCGUGCGCGCUAUAUUAUAAUUAAAGUUGGAUAUGUAUACAAACAUAAAAAAUUGAAUGUAAAUGUGCUGUUCUUGUUAAAAAUCUAAGGCUUAACCCUUUGAACUGGUUAAAAUCGCUGGUUUCAUUAAAGAGAACGAGUAUAAAAAUUUCAGAAAAAAUGCUCUCAUUUAAUCCUAUGAACAAUUUUUUAGGACGGCUUGAUUUUACCUUUUUAUUCUGUGUUACAAAGACGACAACAUUUCAGUGGGGGUUAAUACCUCCAACCAGUUCCCUUAUACACUCAAAGCUAAGUACUUUCCGAUUCAUCCAAAAUUAAUCUGCCUAUGACUUACUGUUUGAAUAGGCCCGACGUCACUUAGUAUCAGAUAUAUAUUCAGCAAAAUUCUUGAAAUUUUUAAGUCAAUGCCAUCAAGUAAACAAGAAGUUUGCUUUGCCUUUUUCAAGUAAAUAAAUCUUUGCUAUUUCUUGUAAUGAUUUAACUAUUUCAGGUAAUGGCCAUGAUCGAUGAUUUGAGGGAAACGUUCAUCGCUAACCUCGACAAACUUGACUGGAUGGACAACAAAACAAGGGCUUAUGCCAGAGAAAAGGUAUAAACGCUGCGACGAAAGACUUCCAUCCACUGCCAGUGCUUUUUUUAAGAAAUUUACAUGACUUUAUAUAAUUCCUCAUUACUUUUAAACACAUUCAAGGUUCUUAUUUAAUGUAUCUUUUCUCAGCAAUGGUUGUUAAAAUUUCGUUUUCUAUUCUUAUAAUAUACCCAGAUAUUCCUGGAUGCAUUUCAAUGGCGACCCUUAUGGAAUCCCCAAAUUAAUGAGAAUUGUUUCUUCUCUAAGGUUUGCAAAGCAGUAAGAGUUGUUAUCGAGUCGAGCUGCUAUUGCGUAAAAAGUCGCUUUCAAGAUUUCUUUCAUUCAUCGAUGUCGUCGUAAUGUUAAUGAUUAUAGUGUUCUACAGCAAUAAGAAACAUCCGUAUUUAACACAAUGAAAUAUCAAAAACAGAAGCAAGUUUCAAAAUGGUGACAAAUGCUGCGGAACUGUUAAGCUUACAGAGAACAUCUCAAAUUCAGUUUCUGAUAUUAUACAUCUAGCUGGUAAAGAUAUUUUACAUUUGUUAGGUCUCGAAGCGGGUCCUCUAUUCAUAAAAAGCAUAAUGCUGAAGGUGAUACUUUGUACCAACCUGAAUGAUGUCUUAGAGUUGUCUGAUUCCUGGCUCAACCUUCAUUUUAAAUCAAGAAAUUUGAUUUUCUGGAUAGUAAUCUUUGACAAACAACAAGCCAAGGGAUUUAGGUGAACCAUGGUUUCUUAAUCGUCUGCCCAGUGGUAAUGAACUUGCUAUCGUUUAGUCAAUUCGGCAAGAACUCACUUUGGGCUUUUCCUGAAACGAAUUCACUACAUAAUCAUUAAUACGUUGUUCAUUACACAUAAAUAAACCUUCAUGUUAUCACCCUCAGGCUUCUGCAAUCAGACACAACAUUGGGUACCCAGAAUACAUGAAAGAUAAACGAAAGCUAUCAGAGAGAUUCAAGGACGUAAGUAUAGAGAGGAUAUUACUUGAUGGUGAGAAGAUAUGAGUUUUAUGUGCGAGUGAGAUAUAAUUCGUAUCACGAGAACAUAAAAUUCAUAACUUGGAGCUAACAUGUAAUUUUCUUUUUAUCAUAUGGACAAUAAAUGUAUGUGGUAGAAAUUCAAAUGCUGGCUUUUAUACAAAUACUGGAUAUUAUACAAACAAAAUAGCCGGUGCUCAAAUUAUAAAAAGGUUCACAUAACAACGCCCGUUGGUCAAGGUACAUGUGAAGAGUGUUUUAGAUCUCUGUAAAACACUCACGCCCAUAUACAAUCUGUAAAGCACUUAUUGCGCUUUACCAUAUAUGUGAAAGAGAAAAAUAUCUAACCUACUUAAGUUCUAUAAUAUUACAUAUUUCAUAGAUCUCUAGAGUAGAACUUAAGAAAACUGAACAACUGUUAAAGUUAGCAGAGAGCUAACCUAAAAUUAUGAGUUCAGGUUCCGUUUAAAUUCAUUCAAAAAUCUCGAAGCGCUAAUGUUCCUUGGCAAAGAUUUCCAUAAGGAUGGAGCGGCUAAACUAAAGGCUAUGUCCGAAUAAGUUUCAGUUUAGCAUUUCGCUACCUGAAGACGGUUUGUAGAAGAUGAUCUAGGUUGUGUAGUGGGCCUGCACUGAUAAAUCAUACUUGAAAUAUAGCUAGGUGCCUACACUUCAUAGGUAAUAAGAAGUAAUUCAAACAUAUCAUGCUCCCCAACAUGGUGUAAAGCUCUUUGAGAGCUGGUUUAUUGCAAGAAGAGGACUUACAGAUGGCACUGACAUGACACGUCAAUGAAUACAGCUCCACGUCAAUGAAUACAGCUCCUAGAUUGGGAUUCCGUCCCACUUCAUAUGUCACCUACCGUUUUUUGCUUUCUUUAUUUUGCGUCACCAUGAGCUACUAUCAGCCGGCAAAAUUCUUAUCGUAUCAGCGCUAAUCGUAUGGUUCCCAAAAUACAACCGCAGGCAAAAACAUUUGAAUUUAAGUGCCUAUGACACGAAUGUUUUUUUUUUGCGUAAAUAUUUAGCUUAUCACAUGUACAAACCAAUUCCGAUAGAAGAAAAAAUUCAAAAAGCCCAAAACACGGUUUUUCGGGCCCUAAAGUGUCCUUAUUUUGUCUUAAAAGUGUCCCGUGGACUUAUAACGAAUUAGCGGGUGAAAACUGUGAAAACUCUCAGUUGAUACUUACAAAUCUCUCGCAUCUCAUGUAAUUUUGUAUCAAUAAGUGUUGAAAUACUCUUGAAAUUAUGACCGAUAGCGAUCUAUACUUACCUUCAGCAAGCUCUAACGAGAGAUGUGAUACAUCAUACUCAAGUGACACAGAAGAAAUGGAAGUUGCGAGUACGGUUCAGCCUUACGAAGGAGAACCGCGUGCAUCAAAGAAGAUUUCGACAAAGACUGACAAAGGCGGUUUCUCGCCAGCGGUUUUCAGGUCAAUACUAGAACAAAAAACUCCCGUUACAGAAUAUUUAGUUUUUUGCGUUUGUGUUUUGUUUUCUAUGGCGAAAUCUAUGUUAAGAGUGGGUAGUGUGUUCGUUUCUGUUGCCAUACCAUUUCAUUCCUUCGUGCUUAGUGCGGCAAAGGUUCCCCUUGCUCAGUGCUCUAGAGUUUGGUUGAUGUAGAGUAAUUCCUUUAGCAAACCAAAAGCGAUUUUUGGCGAAAGAAUCAGGUGUAUCACGAGGCACGAUGAUUUUUCGCCGAGAAGUCAUCUGAUUCAAUAUAAUCUCAAAUAGGGAUUUUAAUAGAGAAAAACGUCUUUAGUUUAAGUGCAGCAUUGCCAUGUGACCCACUUCGCCUAAUGGGUAAAUGAAUAUUUCGUAUGCAUCGACCUUCACGCAGCACUUGGAUUCACUUCCAUCUAAUUCAAUAAAACUUGUGUUUCUUUAUUUAUCUCGUUGCAGUGCUGUUAUCACAACGACAUUGCCAUUGUUGCUACUUUUACUUCUUAGUUUCUUGUAACGUCACUUCACAACAUGUUUCAGAUAUCAGAUAUUAUUCUCUUCCAUGGGAAGAUAAACUUAGGCACAAGAAUGCGUUCAUAUGCUUUCCAUUGUUAGUUGUAAUCAUUCCCUGAAGAAGUCUCCGUUAAAGACGAAACGAGAAAUUACAACAACAAGACGUCUUCCUUUGUACUGUUAACUAGUCUCCGUCAAAAAAGUGUAGCGGAUUUGCGUGUUACGAACGACACAAAAUGAAUAGCAAGUUUUCUUGAUGGGUUAAAGAUCUUUUGAGGGAAAGAAUAGAAAUCAUGAAAUUCCUAGUCUCAGUCAUGUCUUAUACUGCCUGUAAUCGUGAAACUUAUUGUCAUACCGUUUUCUGUGUGUAUUGCGUUAAGGUUUUAAUUUACCUGUAAGUGUUUGUACGUUUUAUUAGUUGCAAUGUGUACUCGUGGUUGAUCUUUGUACCAUUACGUAACGUUACGUAAUUAUGGCAAGUGGUUCGUCAGAUUUUAUGAAUAAAUUUAGUCCGGUGGAUCAAUGUUCACAUCCACUCGCCUGUAAAGGUAUUAAGGAGCAGUUACAAAAGUCGGACUCUGGCGCAUUGUCAAAUGCCGCAAGUCACAUCUCCACUUUUUGGAACUACUGUAUCACAGAUCAACGAGUUCAACGGUUACAAAAUGAGGUUUCUGACACAUUUUGAAUUUCACAAGCCACCUCCUGUGAAAUUCAAAGUAAUUGACACACGCUACUGUCACUCUUGCAUGCUCCCUGACGGUUUCAUACAACAGGAUCUACAUCAAUGUUGUAUCUUCUUAUGAAGGAAUCGUGGUGUGCCUUGAUUUUAAAUGAGAAGCAUUUAGUAGGUCACACUCUCAAGCUCUUGGUUGAUGAUGUGGAGCUGAGCCUCUGCGAAGAUAAAGACGUGACAUUUCACAUUCCCUAAACCCGAUGCCUUCCUGUUAAUUGAGAGCUGAACUCCUUCAGUUUCUUCGUAUCCACCGAUCUCAAUCCUGAACCGUAAAGAUCGUUGUCCCUCAUACUUCCAAGACAAAUAGAGCACAUCACUCUUCAGCAUAAACGUCUGUUGCAUUCAUUGCGCUGUUUUCUUUCCAAAAUCUUCUAAAGACCCCUCACACAUAUACCCUCGACUGUAAAACCUUAUUCGGUAUUCCAUUCACAACCACCUUUACCUCAGUGAUGUCGGGAUUGAAUGUCUUCUCACUGUCUCUUGCUCCUAUUGUGUGUGACUUGUAGAGGAGAAGAAGUCCCUUCAGUGAUCGCCUUGGGGCAUUUACUGUUUCAUUGAUGAUUGUGUCAGAUCCCUUAUCUAUUGAGAUUCCGCUUCAGAAAAUUAUGGAAAGCAUCAGGAAUUGAGAAGAUGUGAGAUUAGUCAAAAAUCGUUCGAUGGCACGAAAACUUUACAGCAAAACCAAACUUCAAACAUUACACAACACUCGAGGGAGACAAAACUUGUAUUUGAUAAGCCGGUCUACUGUGGAAUGAGCGUCCUCGACAAUCAGCAAGACACUGAUGUGUGACUUCUAUUAUAACUGUACCAAACCAAAAUAUGGAGAUCGAGCAAAGCUUCUCUUUACAGACACAGACACUCUCGUGUAUGAGAUUGAAACUGAAUACUUCUUCAAGGAUAAAGGCGGUGAUGUUGAAGAUAAAUUCGACACAAGCAACUACCACAAAGAUCACAUGUCAGGGAUCUUAACUGGCUGCAACAAGAAGGUUGUGGGCAUGAUGAAAAAUGAAGCUGUUGGUAGGAUCAUUGAAUAGUUCAUUGGAUUGAGAGCAGAACUUUACAGCAUCAAGAUUCUUGAGGGAAAAGUGGAGAGAAAGUGUAAAGGGGUUAAGAAGGCUCUAGUAGCGAAGAUUAUUAGUCAUGAAUACUACUAGGAGUGCUUAUUCAGCGGAGGAAAGAUUCAAAUAAGGAAUAUAAUUGCAAUAAGAUCACUUAAGCAUGAAGUCUUCACUGAGACCAUCAACAAGAUAGCCUUGAGUUCAAAUGAUGAUAAGAGGGUAAUAAGGGAAGAGAAGAACUUUUGCUCGUGCCCACUAUAAAAUAUGACUACUAACAAUAGUCCAUUCAAUACAUUAAUGGUAGAACCAACAAAUUCAGGAAAGACGAGAUACCUGGUAAAUCUCUUGAGCAGUACCCUCCGAGGAAAGUUUCAUCACAUAUUCUUGAUUUGCCCGACAUUCAUUCAAAACAUUACAUAUGAUGGUUUUAGAGAAAAUGAUAAGGACUUACUUAUCUUGACUCCACUUCAAGAGCAGAUAGUCUUAAGAACAGUAGUUAUCCAUAUUUAUCCGUAUGAGGGAACUAAUAUACUGAUCAUUCUCGAUGAAUGCGCUGCUUUGAGAAACGUGAAGCAGAGGACGAAUGAGCUCGUGAAUUUAGCAUUCAGCGCAAGACACAUUAGGAUCAGUGUUCGGGGAAUCACACAGCAAACGACAAGAAUCGAAAAACCAUUCAGAGAGAAGACCGCUGCAUUAAUAAUAAUAAUAAUAAUAAUGAUAAUAAUAAACUUUAUUUACGUGUCAAAUAAGAUAGCAGUUUCCCACUAAGUAAGGACACCUAAACUAAACUAAUCUAAUCUAUACAAAACUAUGCAUUAAAAAUUUAUUGGAAUAUGAUAAAAGAGCUCUUCCCAUAUAAAACUACCCUACCCCGAAAUAGUAGACCCCAUGUUUAUAAUACCUACCCUGUAUUAUAAGAUAAUAACCUUAUAUAAUGAGAUAAUAAGAUAAUAAUAAUUACAAUAAUAUGAUCUUGAUAAUAUUUAAAAUAUUUAAGAUUUACAUAAAAUACAGUUCUUGCAAUUAUUCGAAGAGAUUAAACUUUGUAUAUCUACUUUAUGUAAAGCGUUUUUAAAUUCUUGCAGCGUUCUUAGUGCUCUUAUUUUUCCAUCUAACUUAGACCAGAUUACUGGACCUAAGUACCUAUAAGAGUGCUUACCAUAGCGCGUAGUACUAACUCUAGGGAUAAUGAAAUCAUUGUUUCUUAAAUUAUAUUUGUUGUUAUUAAUAACAAACAGGUUCUUGAUAUUAUUAGGGCACAGAUCAUUUUUAACUUUAAACAUUAACACAGCUAUGUCAUGUAAUCGCCUAUUACGUAAGGUUUUUAAAUUAGCCCUCUUAAGGAGGUCGCUAUAUGAUGAUAUGCUAUCACAAUAAACAGCUCUAAGGGCCCGUUCUUGUACCCUCUCUAAUUUUCUAGAAUCACUAGCUUUGCAACAAUUCCAUACAAUAUUACAGUAACUUAAAUAAGGCAGAAUAGCAGCCUUAAAAAGUUGUAAUUUAGCCUUGGCUGGGAUUAACUUCCUUAAUCUAUUAAUUACACCCACCCUUUGACUGCUUUUUUUACAGAUGUUACUUACUUAUUUACACCCAAUAACUUAAUAGAAUUAUGUGAUUUAAUGGCUGUUCCGUUAACAUUUAGCUCUAACUGUUCAUCAUUUAGUCUACCUCCUUUCAAUAUCAUUGAUCCAUAUUUAUCAAAGUUCCCUUUGAGAAAGUUCAUAUCGUACCAAUUUGUAGCUCUUUGUGCAGUAUCCUGUAGUUUUGUUUGUAUAGUAUUGAUAUCCUUGUUGAUUUCGUAGAACUGAUGGUCAUCAGCAUACAUCCCAAUUUUUGAAGGAAUUCCGAACGUCAAGUCAUUUUGAAAAAGAUUCCGUAAAAGAGGUCCAAACGAGGACCCUUGAGGGCAUCCUUUCUUGACCCUUUUCCAGGAGCUUGCAAUUCCACCAAUUCUUAGCCUAUUAUAGCGAUCCAUAAAAUAUGAUUUCAUUAGCUUGAUGCUCUCGUUUUUAAAGCCAUAUGCCUCCAGUUUAGCAAGUAAUAGAGAAUGAUGAAGACAAUCAAACGCUUUACUCAUGUCAGUACUUAACAGGCCAACGCUCAUUCGAUUAUCCAGAGCAUUUUUCCAGUCUUCCGUCAAUGCUAGUAGUGCCGUUUCACAACUGUAUCUCUUCCUGUAUGCUGGUUUAUGUAUGCUGCAUUAGUUCUCUUGUAUACACCCUCAGCAAAAGACAUGAAGAUCACAUUCGAGAAUUAUGUGGAUGAGUGGACGAGAGAUGAGCAGAAGGAAAAUGCGACUUUGCUAAUACUGGCGUCCAACUCAAUGCUGGGAUUGGCUGAGCCAGUACCAAGUCACUCAUGGGGCAUCAGUGUCCGUGAGUUUUCGAUCGUUUCUAUUGUUGGGUGAGGUACAGAGCGAAAUAAACCUUCCCAAUUGACUCAAAAGUGUUUGCUUGUAAACCGUUUUUGCUUAAAAAAUGGCAUGAGGAGAUCAUUGCUCAGUAAGGGGUUGUGACAGUGACCGCAGAUACCCAAGAAGCUACGAAAAUUUAAGGAAAUUCUUUUAUACAUAUUUUUAUUUAUAUUUUCAGUUAAACUGCCCAGCAAGUUUGUGCUGGAGUCCAUAAUAAGUUGCUGAAUAAAUUCUUAUGUCUUCAAGGUGCGUAAAAAAGGAUCACGUGGAUAAAAUUCACGUUUUUAAAUGUCAAGAAAAAAGAAGGAAACCCAUCUGGAAAAAAAAAAUUAUUGGCAGAACAGAUGCGAAAGAAAGUCCUUGUAUUCGUUCGAACCAUUUUAAGACGGCCGGCCCACGGAAGAUCAUCCUAAUCCAGUACUAUUUCUAAACGGAUACACAGUCAACUCAGGAUUUCUGACCUGAAAGGGAAAAAGAAGAGUUCUGGCCAAAAAGGUCGCUACAAGUGUAAUCGACCUGUGACCGAUGAGAUGAAAAGUAGCUCCAACGCAUUCAAGCAGAAAUCGAAUGUCACUGAAAAUGUGGCAAAGGGGAGAAGAGGAAGUGGUGGUGAAACUGUGAUUGAAGCCGAAAAAGCAACGAACAAAACAGCACCGCCUGGGGAUGUUAACAACUCUAACAUGUGGAAUAUAAUGUUAACAAUGAUGCUCCUUUUGAAAUCCAUAUGGACGAUAGCACUACUUUUAAAAUCCAGCAGAACAAAAGCCAGUCUUCAAAGACAGAGCAAAGGGCCACUGAAAACAUUUCUACUAAUCCUGCAACCGAAGAUCAUACUUUUGCUCUGCCAGUUGGCAUUCACGGACACGAAAGUUCUCAAGGCGAACAGGAACUUGAUCCUCGUUGCCCUUUGUGUCUAGUACUUCAGAAAAGUGUGUCUGAUAUACAGCAACAACUAAAGCAGACAAAGCCACAAUUGAGGAAAUGAAAGAACACGCUUUUGAUCUAAAAGACAUCAAAAAACUAAACAUCUUGUUGAAACAUAUUCCUAAAUUAUGGAGUGUUUCAGUUCCUUGUGUCAAAGACAAAACCCAAAGUGCAAAAGUUGCAAUAUUUCAAAAGAAAAAGGUCACAAGCAUUAAAGGGUAUCAAAACGACUUGGGUAAAUGUAAGCCUGGAAGAAAAAGAAAGUAAACAGUUAAACAAAUUUGUCAGAGGAAGACUUAGCCUACAGAUUUACGACUUCAGCAAGUAAUGAGUCCACAAUUUCAUCAACUUGGAUUCCCUUCUUAUCAAGAGAAUUUCAAGGUUUGAUCAAAUGGCCAAGCCAGGAAAUGUAACAAAGUUCUACCCGGAAGCCUUUAAACCAUUUCCUAGGGCUUGUCCAAUCACUGAUUGUACAGCAAUAUAUGUUCACAAACCCUCUGUAGCAGAGGCACAGGCACUGAUAUACUCUAGUUACAAGAGCCAUAACACAUCCAAAUACUUGGUAAGAUCAUUUAAACCAUGUUUGCCUUAACAUGAAUUUUUUAAAGAAUUUUUUAAAGUAUUUAAACCAUAACUUAAAACCAUGCGAUAAGAAAUAAUUUUCAAGUAUUAAUUCAUUCAUUGUUCAUGUUUUUAUUUAUAUAAAGUGUCCAUCACUCCCAGCUGGAAUUGUUUCAUUUGUGUCAAAAGGCUAUGGAGGCGUGUCAUCUGAUAGAUUUAUAUUUUCUGAUUCUGGUGUGAUCUCAAAAUUCUCUUCCAACUCAGCUUGUAUGGUUGACUGUGUUUUCAAUGUACAGGGUUUUCUUUUAACAAAGCAAGUAAAACUUUAUAUGCCUCCAUUUACCAAAGGUCAGGAACAAUUAACAAAGGUAAACGUUCUUCAGGGUUGGGCAAUUGCAAAAGCUAGGAUUCAUGUUGAGCGUGCCAUCCAGCAUCUGAAACGAUUCCGACUUUUCCAGUCUGUGGUGCCUCUGACUCUUAAGGACACACUGGAUGACAUGGUUAUUGUUUGUGCAGCGCUCACUAAUUUACCGCCACCAUUAAUUGGUUAAAUGUCAUGACGAGACAGGUACAGCAACUCUUUAUAAAUUCAGCUUUAUAAUUUAUGGGAAAAUUUUAAUAUUAUAACAAUAUUAUGCACUUAAAAAAUGUCUCGAUCAACAUUUAUUUCAUAACAAUUUGUCUCAAAGACAGAUUUCUUAUGGCUUAAUGAAAAGUUCCAGAAGAAUAAAUCAGGGAAUGGUUAAAACAAACCAACCACCACACAUUUUAGAGUUCUCUGGUAUAGUUUAAAAAUUAAGUGCACACAAAGCCUUUUGAACCAAAUGGUUCUUUACACUCUUACAAUAAUUUUGGGAUCUCAAAUAGCGCGGCAAAAUUACAUCUAUUAACAUUCCAGCCCUUCAACUGGGAAUUGAGGAUAUUAACUUACUGCACCAAAGGAUUUAAGAAUAGAAUAAAAAGUCUUGACUGACAUUGUAAGGAGAUAAUUCUGGUAAAAUGAAUUCCAAAAUUCCAGAGGCCGAACCCACAAGUGAUUCGGAUCAUCGAGAGCAGCUUACAAUUCUCGUCACAAGUGGUAAAGCGAAGGAAAUGAUUGACAUACCUCUCACCAUGGAUCAAGUCAAGGGCUUCCCGAAAAAGAUGUUGAAAUACUUCAAAAGGUACGAGACCUUACUAUAAAAAAACACUUGUGAAGCUAUCGUUAACACUUUUCUCGAGCAAUCAUGUAAGGCAUCGUCAAGUCUCCUCUCCCUUGAUGAAAGAAAGCUUCCGAUAGAUUUGAAUGAUAACUUCGUGGUCAAGAGAAAUUGGAAUGAUUGCCGUAAGACUGAGUCUGAAGUAUGGAAUAUACAAGGCGAUCACAAGUGCCGUUCUUCUCACUGCUAGUAAUGUUGAUUUUGAGUAGGUUCCUGAGAAGGAAUCAGAUACCGGUCUUUCUGAAGAAGCUGAUUAAGUUCUUAUCAUGACUUGAUAAGAAAUUGAGCGAGUACUUUGCUAAGUACUUGAGUAAGUACUUGAAAAUUAUGCAUUGAAAAAUAAAAUGGAUGGAAAAGAACUUAAGACUGAAAAAUUACCAGUAGCACAAAAGGUGAAGAGUGAGAGAAGCAAAGAAGCAUAGCUUAGGUGUUAGAGAAAAUAACGCUGAUUCUGAACAACACAUUGAGAAGAAAGCUGAAACGUUAUCAUUAUUCUCACUAACUCAAAUACUUUUAGUUGCAAGCAUUGUUCUUUCACGGGUUGCACUCUGCUAUAAAAGGAGAGAGGUGAUGGCUCUCGUUAACAAACCAAAACCACAGCCUCAACCAACACAACCACAGAUUCCUGUUGGAGUAAAACCAGUGGAUUGAUUUUUUUUUUGUCUGCCAAAAAAAUGUCUGAUAAUAGGCUUGUAAAAACAUUUAAUCAUUCAGCGACCUUGCCUGGAUCGGCUUCUGGAAUCGGAUGGAUUGCGAAAGUCACCAAGGAAUCGAUGACUUCUGAUCCGAGUUCUAAUCUCAUGAAUUAUGUGAUGUUGGCGGAAGCUAUCUGGCAAGGCAUUUGAGUGAAGACCAGAAUAGUGUUGAAGAGGAGAAGAAGAAAUAUCCAGCGACUUUUAAGUAUGAAGAGAAUAAACACAACUACUCGAUUGGAUUGCGGUUAAUAACCAAGUCAAGGAUCAGGCAAUGCAGAAUUUUGCGGAUACAGAUUAAGCUUUGAAGCUGUACAACAAGGCGCAUAAUCAAGAGGUCGGUCUGAGGGAAGCACAGUUUUCCGACCCUUAUAGGCCGAGUACCUCGCAAAAGCAAGGUGAAAUAAUCUACGUCGUUGCUGGUGCUUUGACCAUAGGAUUGGAUGUCAGUCAUUUUGGGGAGUCCAUGGAAAAAACUUUCAAGAAUUAAUGAUAGCUCCAAAAAGUUUAUGGAAGGGAUUGUCUAAGUUUAAGAAGUUGACAAAAGAAGCUCGAGUGUCUGAGGACGUUGGAAAGCUUUGGCUGAUGAAGCAAGCCAUCUGGCAGAUUGACUCGCGUACCCUGAAACAUAUACCAAGACCUAAUUUUCAUGUGUAAUCCCCAAAUGUAGUUCAUCAAGCUGAUCUCAUUUUCCUUCCCCAUGAAAGACUCCCGAGAGGAAGGAAAGUCUAUAAGUAUGCAUUAAAAGUUUUAGAAAAGUUGCAAGCAGAUCCAAGUCUGCUGAACCUCUCACCUCAAAGGACUCCUCUGAGGUCUCAAGAACUUUUAAGACAGUUUAUAGGCAAGGACCACUGAGAUGGACCAGUGUUCUUCAAGUUGAUUUUCGGUGUGAAAUCAUGGCUGAAGUUGCAAGAGAGAUGGCAAAGUAUUGAUUGAGGAGAAGAAGAGGGAAUGUAAACGUUCACAGGGAUCAGGAGACACAUCCUCAUCAAAGAGAUCCACUGAAUGGGAGAAGUGACCAGGUUGACGGGAAAAAAUCCUGUUGACGCAAUCAAAGGUGGUUGACGGAAGAAGUUGGUUAACGCGGAGAGUUCAAUUACUUAUUCAAAACCGGUUGGCUUGAAGGAAAAGAGACUCUUCAAAGAAUGUGAGAUUCCUCAAUGCAACUGGUGAGUUGGAAGGUAGUCAAAGGCGAACUACAGAUCCAGUGUCGUCUCUGAAGGUCUACGGUAUCGAGAGAAAAAUUGUGAAUAAGAAUGAAACUGUUCUCUAUUACCUGAAGGAUGGACCAAAGCGUGGUUUCGUUAGAGAAGAGCUCUUGAUAGUUACUGCUGGAACUGAACUACCUCCCGAAGGAAUUCGUUGAUCAUGAUGAUUAACAGAGUAUGAAUUAAAAUAAGUUUUUCAAUUGACCUGAUCAAUCCUGGUGAAUCGUGUCAGCUGUCAUUGGAACGGACAAAGUCGAAAUGAUGUGAGUUAUGCUCCUUCUUUCCGAUGUAAUGGAAAAAGCUUACCAACUUGAAUGCAAAAAUAGUAAAUUCUAAUAAACAAUUUGUAUGGGGAAAUUUUUAUAACAUGAUGAUGAUGAGGGUGUUUAUCAUGAAGGUUUAAACUCAGACUGUCAGACUGUUCUCAUUUACAUAGACACUGUUUUGACAGAAGAAAAAAUCAAGGCACAACACGACUUCUUCAUAGGAAGAUACAAUAUCGAUGCAGAUCCUGUCGUAUUAAACUAUCAAGAAGCAUGUAAGUGUAGCAGUUGCGUGUGUUAAUUACUUUGAGUUUUACAGGAGGUGGCUUGUGAAAUUCAAAAUGUGUCAGAAACCUAGGUUUUUAUCUAAUGAAUUCGUUGAUCUGUGAUACAGCAGUUAAAUAAAGAGGGGUGUGACUUGUGGCAUUUGACGAUGCUCCAGAACCCGCUUUUUGUAACUACUUAAGGUUAAUGUUUUUCUUCGUGGUGAGUUUAUAUGUAAGUUUUCGUUCUUCAACAUGUAUUUUCCUACUCACGUUUAGUAAUUUAGAGAUGUCGAUUUUUUUUAAUAAAUGAUGAGCAGAAUUACGCAUGACUUCGGUUACACUGUCAAACUGUUGCGGACCGGAUCGUCAGUUCCAGAUAACCUUGGUUGCGGCGCGUAUGGAUCGUGUAUUUCUUGACACAUCAAACAGUGUUCAGUUUCGUGCGCAUUUGUUCUUUUUUUUCCUAUUACAAGACAACUUCAAGCAAAUAAUUAUGUGAACACCUUGUUUCAUUAGCGUAAAACUGAGAAUAGCUCGUUAACAUUUGUCAGUGACAUAUUGAAAUAGCAAAUUAAUAUGUGUUCGGCUUUAGCAUGGUUGAUGCACUUUGUAAACACCACAAAGUAAAUGGUAUCAAUGUGGAGAACAAGCCAAUCAGAGAACUUAUAAGAAUAGAGAGUCUAUGCCUCGUUCGUUAAACAUGGAACCACAGGCCACGCAAAUAAGCAGCGCUAAGAAUGCUCAUUAAGUAGGCAAACGACACAAGAAUUGUAUGUUACGUACCACAGUUUUUAAACAGGUUACCCACAGGCGGUGUGCGCACUCUGAUUACGUUGCAUUAUGGUCGUAACACAAAAGGUUAGUCAUUUGCAUUCUGUCGCGGUCGGGGGAACAUUUUUGGUGCAUGGCGGCAGCGAGGUAGCGUAGAAUGUAAACGGGAUUCAUUGUCUGUUUCCUUUUCUUCGAUUACUAAUCUGCGCUCUCAUUAGUCAGGGCUUUUAAAGAAGGAUCAAAGCUGCCAUUCCAACGUUUGAAAGGCUUCAAACUACGAUGAACAUCAAAUCAGACCUUCUCGAAAACCGGUCUCAAGUUACAUACUACAAAACAGUGAUUGCGUUUGUCCUUGAGAACCACUGAAUACGCGAUAAAUACGUAAAAAAAAAUUAUACAAAUUCAGUAUCAGUAUUCAGUGAAAGAAACAAUGAACGGUCGAACUUCUACGUAAGGUUCGGUCAAAAUCUGCCGAUAUCUGCCGCCUUCACCGCCAUAUUGAAAACAACGCUACCAUAAUCCAACGCAAUCGGAGUGCACCCGUUGCUUGGGUUACUCACAAAUUCAAGUAAACAAACAGAUGAAGACAAAAGACACAUUACUACAAAAGCUACAAUCGCUAAUCAAGUUGAGAGUGUAUAUGUAAAGUAUCCAUUGUUCUUUACGCGUGACAACAAAAUUUACGUUACUUACAAAACGAAAUGGUACUUACCAGUAAGUUGAAAUGUGAUUGAGGUUCUACGUUAUCAUCAUUCAAAAACGAAGGAGUCAUAUAAAAAAUGCGUGCGCGAUGCUGGCCAGUUUUCCUGGUCGGUGGUAAGAAGGAAUGGGGAAAUGAAGUCAAACUUCGAUUUACAUGUAUAGGUGAGUCUCACGUAAUUAAUUCAUUUGGAUCACUAUCAGUAUGUGAACAACUGCGCAUCUACCCCUUUCCCAACCAAAAAAUCAACCUUACUUGUUAUCAGUUGACAAAACAGGAGUAACGCUAAUGGGUGUAUAUACAUACAAAUCUAUUUCUAACUACUGUAGUAUUGGAGUUGAUGCGAGAUGUGUGGAGUAGUUAGGCUUAUGUCGGGUAUCAUCUCUCCAGCUUCUAUUUAGGUUCCCUUAGAUUCCUUAAAGAUUCAGAAACUGCAAAAAGAUUUUCCCAGCCAGGUUGACGAACAUCACUAAGCCAUCUGUCCUUGAAUUACUGGCUCACGUUUGUUCAAAGUGUCGGCUGAAAUAGUGUUAUCGCUCGUUGUUGCGUGUGACAGCCAAAUUUUUCAGGUAGCAAAUGUAGUGUUUCAAUUCAACGUGUUCAAAUUCGUUCAAAUAUCCCCGAUUUAAAUACCGCUCCUACCCCACUAGGAGGCACCUGUGACGAAAAUAAAAGCUCAAAUUGUAGAUACGAAUGAAAGAAUACUUUAAGUGUUGAACAUACCACCGUGACCGUGGUUCACAUUUUUCUUGAUAUGGUAAGGUCGAGUGAUACUCAAAACGGCCCUUUUCCUUGUCUAACGCCAGGCAUUUAUCAUAUUCCAAAAUAGCCUGGUUUAUAUUCCUUUUCUCUAUACCACAUCUCUGAAGCAGCAUAUGCAUUCUUUUAUAACCCCAGCAACAAAUUCAUGCUCUAAAAACAUUUGAGCGAGUAAUGUGGGCUGAACAGGGAUAGAGGUGCAUCCAGUGCUUACCCCAAAAACAUCAGACAAGAUUAUUUUAUUUUUAUAGAUUUCCCCCCAACCUUUAGGUUAGUAGUGACCUGUGUAGUCCCUUUAAAAUGGUGGUAUGAAUGCGUAUGUAGUUAAAGAGAUUGAAUAAGAAAUUUCUUAAGCUUCAGUGGUCUUUACUUUUGGUGACAGCUUAUUAUUUCCUCCAAACGAUCUUUUCCUUUUCGAGCGUAAUGUUAUAAUCAAGCUAGCGGUAGGAUGCCGAUAAUACCCGAAAAUGUAAAACACAAACACUCACAAAAUGCUUACCUUCCAGCGAAAUGCAUUUCAUGCGACUAUAUAAUGAAAUGGACUGGUGACAAGAUACAAUUAAAAGGGGUUUGUUGAAAAGAACCACACAACCCAUAGAAAAACUAAUAAAUACACUGAAAUAUUUCAAUUUCUUUUCUUACUUGAAUGCGUUGUUUUUGCUUCUUAAAUUUCUCGGAAUUAAGAUAGAGGACCCACUGAAAGAGAGGUCUCAUCUUGAAUCAGAAUGAGAAACAUACGCACACGUCGGCAUCAAUAGCAUGGAAAAAAAUAACAAGUCGGCGCUUCAGCUGCUGACUGUUGGAAAAACUGUUACCAAAAGAAUGCAAAGACCACUUGACACACAAUUUUCGACCUUUUGUUGAUUGCAUAUCUUUUUCCUUCGCAUCCAUGAGUGACAAAAAAGGACUUGUUGUUUGACGAACAAAAACGCGUUCAUGGAAAUAUUCCCAAAACUGCAAUUUAGAGACAGUAGUUAGCUCUUGACGGACCUUUUAAGAAUAUUACGGUCGAUUCCGACGAACACAAUUAAUAUGGAACGAAAAAAACACGUAUCCACUAAUGAAUUGGCAAACCGUACGUAGCCACUUUUUCAGCAUGAACUUCCUCUAUUCUAUUAAUUAAUUGUAACUCACGGACCGUAUACCACGCUUAAGGUAGCGACGACUGUCACGUUAAUGGUCCGUAAUAACUAUACGGACCGUAAUGUUGCUUACACAAACGUUAUAAUGCGAGUAUAUUGAACAACCCCCUGAUCAUUAGAUUUUGGACGAUUUUGGUGGUGUUUGCUCUAUGUUCCCCAUUAUCGAUAUCGUCUCUUGAUAUAAUUAAAAUGAUUACAUCAAACUGAGACCUUAAAAACUUUGUACCCUUCAUGCAUGGAUUGAAUCUACCAAAUAUACUAUACAACGUUUGUGUAUUGGCUGUGUCCCGACAUGCAUAGACUUCCGUAAAAGUUUGAUUAAAUAAACAUAAAGAUAUGUUGUUUACAAAUUACAAAUUUAACAGUACUUUAUACAUGUGGAACUGUAAAUUGACCGUGAUUACCUCAUUGAACUUGAUUAUUUUUAGUAAUUUCAUAAUAACAAAAUUAAUUUUUUCUUGUUUUGUUUCAGCUAACAAUGGAUAAUUCCUCUUACUUCAACAAUGUGAUUAGCAUCCGAACUUUUUCUAUGAAGACAAUGUUAAAGGAUCUUCGUAAUGCUGUAGACAAAGAAAGGUAACGGCCAAUUACAUUACUCUAGUUUGGAAAAAAAUUCGCGUACAGAAAAAAUUCGGGGAGAUUCGGGGAAAUGUUUCGGAAAGAACGUCUCUUGUCCGAGCAAAAUAUAUGGUGGAAAGAAAACAUCCUUAAAUGAUAUGAAGCUGUCAAGGUUGUUAUGUUUGACAAGUAUUCCCAGUCGUCCGAUAAGUUUUUGACGGUUCUGGGUAUAGGCUUAACUAUUGAAUUUCCCCUUAAUGUCUACUGUUUUUCCCAAGCAUCUCUUAUUUCCUGAUAAAAAUAAUUUUCGAUGUAGCUUGAAAGACUUUUUUAAGUUUUUUAGCGACUCUCUGCCUCAGCUUUGGCAGAACUGUCUAUGGCCCGAUUGCUUGACUUCAAAUUUCUCGAUUUGUUAGCUUUGGUCUCAUCUAGCUUCUCAUUAAUUACAAACAAAGUCUUGAAAACGUCUUUUCGAAGAUGACUGGUCAUUUGGCCCCAUUUUACACUUUUAAUUUUGAAAGUUGUGACCUUGUCUCCCCUAGUUUGGCCCUUAAGUACUUCCAGCCCAUCAUGAUUUACUUUAUAAAUCAGUUAGAAAUUAACAUUAAUCUUGAAGUUAUGCCAAAGUAGCGGGCUACCAUUUUGAUCAAAUUUAGGAAUAGCAUUAAAUGCAAUAAGGAUGCCGUUGAGUUUUUUUCAAAGCCCUAUUUUUCGAUGAUAACCUUAAGGGACCAAUAUUCGCAGACUACAAUUUUCUAUUAGAUCCUGCGUAACUUACUUGAAAAUACAUCGGGAUUUUUCUUUUCGCCAGGAUUUGAAAGCUGAAAACUUUUUCACAUAGCAAGCGUUAAUAUAUAAUCACAGCUAAAAUUUUAAAUUUUUACUUCGCCUGCUAUUCGCUAUGCGAAACCCCAGCCAAUUCCCUGUUUAAUGAUGAAGUCACAAUUUCUCCAAUUUACUCUAAUUUAGGUGGAUGAUUCACCCACAUACGGUCAAUGCCUUCUACGACAGAGUGACCAACAAAAUCAGUAAGUACAUGAGAAUAAUCAUCUGCAGAAACGUCAAGUAAAUACAAGUAACUAAUUUUCUAGUAAUGAAGAUCAAGGCAAGUCCGAUUCCCUAAUCUCAUACAUCUAGACAGCUAUCAGAAGCCUUAAUCAAAGCCCUAAUGCGCAAAAAUGAGCGACGAGACUCUAUGAAAUGUUACAACAUAGGAAAUUACAGAUAACCUGCAGCACGAUCUACUUUCAACAAACAAUCUUAAACUGCUGUCUUAUUAGCUGGGAACAAAUUCCUUUCGAGAGAUAAUAUAUUAAUUCCCGUCUCCAUAGAAAUGACUCAUACCCGACAUUGAAACAACAAACACACAGUACCUCUCAAAAAUGAUUAACGUUAUCGACAGAUUGAAGUAACCAAUCACCACCGACCUUUCAUUCUACCGUGACGGUUAAAAAUUCCGUCAUGCAAACUUUUUUCACCUUGAAUGUCCUAGAAGAGAAUCGAGAUGAUUCCGCCAAACCAUCUGACUUGACAUUUCUGCAAAAAAAAUAAACUUUAAAAAUUUUUCCUUGUUGGUUUAAUAGAUUACUAAUAUAGAGAAAUCCCAGCAUCGUUCAAAUUCGUCCAUAAUGCGACGACUCUCAAUACGAUACACAAGUAGUACAAUUUGAGGAGACUGAGACUAGUGUGGUGGAGCAGUGAAAGUUAUCCGCUCUUUGCACCACCUAACGAAUUAUUUACAUGCAAAUGAGAAAGAAUAGACAGUCAUCGUCAUCAUCCAGAGAUUGAAAAAAUUCUCCUGACGAAAACCGAUCGAGAGCUAAGAAUGAUGAAGUAAUUAAGGCUCCUAACAUCAGGGAAGCUCCUGGUAGAAAGGUUAUAGAAAUUCUCAAAAAAGACAGUAAAGGUGGACAUUCUAGAGAUAUAAAUCGAUGGGAUCCAAUGGGAAAUAGUUAACAUCAGGAAGACAGUAUACAGAAUAGAUUCAGAAAUCAGCACCUCAUAGAUCAAGACGCAAAAGUUUGGUAAGAGAUUGAUAAAGAUAUGCAAUGCGAUAAAGGGAAACUGGAAAACGAUUUACAUGUAUUUAAGAAGCAGUUGAUGAAUGCAGAGGCUUAUUUGGAAUGGAAAAUCUCAAUGAAAGAUCUCUCAACCUGCAUGGUGCAACUGGAAAUACCAAAGAGGUCGCAUAUGGAUUCCUGGAAAAAGCCUUAAAAUCGAACAGCCCCGCGACAAAAUUGAAUUCAGAGGGUACACCUUGGGAAAGCCAAACCCUUUAAAAUCUUGCCCUAUUUUAGCAAAAUUUCUCCAGGACUCCAUAAGACAUUUGUUAACGACCCAGACCAACCUCGUCUUUUUCUCUCGUAAUGUUUGUGUGUAUCCGUGUGUAAAUUUUGUUUUUGCUUUCAAUUUUUUUUGUCCUUCGGAGUAGCUCAGUUUUAGGUAGUGACGAAAGGUGUAGCCUACGUAGAUGUAAGAUUACUAUGAUGUUAAACGGUUUCCCGAUGAGAGGUUUGUUUCGGACAGAAAGUUGUUAUUGAACGAGCUAUUGACGCAUCCUCGGUUGUUUCUGCGAGAUGCUAUGAAUGAGAGUUUUCUUUAAACUCGUGAAGCAUAAACUAUAAGAAAACGUGAAGGGGUUUGUAAUUUCUAUGAGCGAUAAGAAUCUUUCAGUAUUAUUAGCAGCCAUAAUCCGAGAAAUUUCGACAAAAGACCUAGGAGUGAGAAUGGUAAACACUUUGCUAUUCAUUAAUAACCUGACAGAGAGGCGCGAAAGGCGAGUUACAUCAACAGCUGAUUACCGAUAUCGAACGCAGGUAAAAAAUUAUCUCAAUUUUACGCGUGUGUAGUUAUGGCUUUUCUCAGAGCUGGAAAUCCUUGUAACACAACUCAGGUUAUGUAAUAAAUAUUUUCAAAGGCGUCAUCUUAAUCCAGUCAAAUUAAAAGUAAGUACUUACAAUGUACAAGGUUUAGAUCCACCAGACUGACAUAUCUCCGUCUGUAGGCUACACAAGCUAUAAAUAUGUAAAAAAAAAAAACCAUUCCGUUAACUCAUUGAUUGAGGGAAAUUUUAAUUUUCAGGCUACUGUUUAACAAUGCAAAUGUAUGUAACUUGAUCUUACCUCCUCUCUUGUCCUUUGGGUCUUGUUCAAACUAUAACUUUUAUAUCUAGAACAAGGGAUACUUAGCAAAAAUGGAUUGGGAUAUGGAUCGCUGAGAUGCUUUAGAAUAAAUAGUUGAUUUGUAUCCUAUUUAUGUUUGCCCUCUCAUUUUUUCGGCAGUUUUUCCAGCCGGAAUACUUCAAAUUCCAUUUUACAACAGAAAAUUUCCUCGGUAAGUGUUUUAAGCAAGGGCAACCUUACGUUAGAGACAGCAAACAUGCGUCAAUAGGAUAAAUUUUGCUCUUUAGUUGUCCGUGACACAGAGGAACAGAAGUCACUUUUGUUAAAUUCAACAUAUCUUGCAGAGAACGAAAUAAAAUCAAUUCCAUUUAGAACCCCUUUUAUGAAAUAAUUCAAAUAGUACGCACGCUCUGAUUGGCCAUAAAACCAUUUUACAUGAGCAUAUGUAAAUACGGUUUUCAUUCCUCUUUCAUUAGUUAUUUUAUAAAAGAAAUGUAAAAUAGUUUCCGGUUUUACAUAGCCUGAUGUAAACACUUGGGAGGUUAGGGCUCGAUAGCUGGAAACCACUCCGAUUCGCGUCGUGGUUUCCUACGCUUAUCUCGUGUUCUCCCAACCUCCCGCGUGUUUACAUCAGGCUAUGUAAACACGGAAACCAUUUUACAUUUCUUCACUAAAACUCUCAUUCACCAACCGAGAGUGCCAUCGAUCUCCUCUGUGAAGCAAUUUUACACUUAUGGCAAGUCAAUUGAUAAAUGUACAUUAACCCCCAUUAAGGUUAGGGCAUUGGUGAUGAGGAUUUUUGUAAAGUAUAAGUCACCAGAUCAAAUUGGGUAGUCUUUUCAAAUACCGGGACUUGAAAUAGUUAGUAAAUGAACUGAUGACAUUGCAUGAGUCCAUGCCGACAAUGCUGGAGAUCGCUAUAAUAUUAUUUCUCGAGGAGUUUACUUCGUGCUCUCUAGAUAAGAUACCUCAGUCUUCGAUUAAAUCCGUGAUUCAAUCGAUUGAUCAUAAGCCAUAUAAACCUACACAGGUAAAUUGCGCUCGCGUCUUGAUUCGCUUUGACUUUUUCGGCUUUAUUCCCUAUCCUUGUCGCUUUAUCUUCUCCAAAAGAGGACAAAACUAAACUAAAAACUUAAGUUCUGGGUUAGAAACCCUGUUUCAGCCAAAUCCCUCAAAUUUCUUUGAAGCGUUGUGGCUAUCUUGCUAGAAGUUUGGCCGAGCUGCCAUCUUUGGUCCACGGUUAGCACAAGUUAGGAAGUCAACUAAACAAUUUCGCCGAUAAUUUUCUAAGAGCAGAGAUCACUCACUUGAACGCGCGCUUUCCUGAGGAACUGAGAAAUUUCAUCUCAAUCAAAAACUUUGAGGCAAAAAAUGUUUUUAAAACCUUUACGGCUUCGAAAACCUGGUUAGGCUGCUUGUUCUGGACGUUGAGGUUGAAAUUCCACGCUAUGAUUUAUAGCGCCUGAAUCGCGGCCAUGGAAAGAUCGACGGCGGUAUUUGUGCAUGUAUGAGAGGAUGACCUUUCGCGAGACUUUACCUUUCUUUCGACUUCGGACUUUCAUCAGCUAUGCCUCCAAGAACAGGUCGAUCACAGCGAGUGGUUUCUUACAAUGUAUUUACCGACAAGGCCAUUGGCAUUCGACCGAGACUUCUCUCUUGUUUACGUCUGAUUGUAUUCUUAAUGCGUUGGACCAUAAGGAAACAACAGCUGUUGUUCUCUUUAAGACGAGCAAGGCGUUUGAUAGUAUCAGUUAUGAGAUAGUUAUUAUUCAACAAGACAUUGGCUUGCCAUCUUCUGCCAUCCGGUGCCUCAAUUGUACUAGGCUAUGCGCAUAGAUUUUGCCUUGUCCGACCUGUUGCUUAUGAACUGGAGCAUUCCAUUGAGCAGCAUCCUUAGGCACCUCUUCAUAGUUUAUGCCAAUGAUUUACCAUCGAUUCCGCAACGGCAAAGGACUAUUAUGUUGACGACACUAAACAGUUCAGGUUCUUUCGGGUCCAGGACAGUGAAUCAACUGUGGCUAGGCUAAAUAACUGGUAUUUAACAACAGAUAACCUCUGAACCCGGAUAAAACCAGGUAAAGAUCGUGUCCACGAGAAAACUAAGAGAAACCGGGCGGGGCAAUAAUACUCACAACACUGUUUUGGUUAAAAGAGUAUCGUUUACAUCUGAAUGAGGGGAGAAUUUUGAAUAGCGCAUGUCGAGCCAUUUUCGAUAACUUUUUCCGAAGCCAUAUUUGGAUUAUCUUCGAGUAAACACACCAAUUGAUGAUGAACAUCAAGGGCACACAUGUUCUAACUUUUUGACAAAAUACAUACAUACAUUUCUCUGAGUUGGCUCAGUUGCAACUUAUGGCUCUAUAAUCAUUAGUUAGAUUAGACACAGCAUCGUGUAACCAAUGUUGCAAUACCAGAUCCGAUUUGCUUCGUUGCCUUUUUGUAAUGUCAGGCAGGGUGAGAGCUCCUGAUAAAAUCGAUCAAUAUUAUUGGUCUUGUACUGUGUGUUAAUUUUCGACUUAUAUGUAAUAGCAGCAACAAGAUCAUUUGCUGCCCUCAAAACUAGGGUAAAUAAAAACGACAUUCUGACACCCAACUCGUCAUCUUUGAUUACAUCAACCCUGAAACUAUGUUCAGCAGUUGACUUUGACAGUCAUUUGGCAGGUCAAAUCACGCUUUGUGUUCGUCUAAUAUACUGGGUUCAAAUUAUGGCAAAGGUUACUUACCUACUUUUCAUUUGUCAUGUUUGAGUUAAAGAUUCUUUCGGAAAGUAUAUUGUUAAGUUUUUAGAAAAGAAAUAUUUUAUUCACCAGCCAAAGUUGGUCCAUAUCAGGAAAAACUGUUCCCUCUGUCUUUAGUACCGUAUCUAAGACUUCGGGCACAGUUUUUCCGAAUACGGACCACACGGCUGGUAAAUAACAUAUAUGUCUUAUCUUCAGUGGUGAUUCCUCGUCGUUUUCGCGUAAUUGAAGCUCACUCAGAGUCGCUCUUGUGACUAACAAGGGAUAUUAAUUCUCUCAUUUCUUCCUUAUUGCCUCCCUAUUCUUCCCUACUCCAGCAUAGCAAAGGCACUGGGGCACAAUUGUCUCUUUCAAAAUAGAAUAUUUUGUGAAAAACAACAAUUUCCUUUAAUAACAUAAAAGCACUCGUACUGGCUUGAGAUUCCUAUAUGCAAAAAUUUUAAAUGUUUAAAAACCACGUGUGAGAUUAUGUCAUGAUUAAUCUGAGUAAAUCAGGCAACCUCAUGCGCAUUAAAUUUUACUGAUAUCGUUUCUCUACUUCACCUGAGACUGACAUGUACUCUUGUAAGUCUUGUAAAUAAUUUCGUUUUUAUUUUUUUGGCCGUAUGAGAAACAUUUUUAAGAUGGCCAUACUAUUCAACACUUUGUUUCUAUUGUAUCAGAGCAAUAAGCUACGGUGGAAUAGGAAUUGUAGUUGCUCAUGAAAUAACGCAUGGAUUUGAUAGCAAUGGUAAGUAUUAUUUAAAGCUUUGUAACAAAGUUUGUAGUUGGAUUAAAUUUUCGUUUUUCAUCUGAUAAGAGCCAUCCAGUUCAUCCAGUUACAUGCAACUCGACAACAUUUUAUGCAAUAAAGAAAACCUGUUCUCUGAAAUUUUGGCUUACGUCAUCAAUUUGUUGAGAAGUGGUAAGUAGACAGAAGCCUCAAGUUGUCAAAACCUCAGCCCCUGUUCUCUAAAGCAGAGUCAGGACGAUCACUGUCAUCGUGAAAACAUUGAUCUUUCGAUCACUGUAUUUUCAUAUUUUAUAAUUAUCAUGAUUGUUAUAAUCAUUCUGAUUACUAUUCAUUGUUAUAAUUAUCACCAUUAUUAUUACCAUCAUCUUCAUCAUUACCCUGAUUAUUAUCAUUGUUAGAUGAUACGUGUAUAUGAACGGUUUCGAAAUUUGUUUUUUAACAAAUGGCAGUCAUGUCGCAAUUUGAUUGGCCAAUUUGCCAUUGUAGAUAAGAGUAAAGAUAACACUGCUCGCGUUAACCUGUCUCGCAAUGGUCACGCACUGAAAGAAUCGUUUUAUUUGACGUCGAUAUUGUGGUAAAAGUCAAAUCGACCGAGGUUAAGUGUGGGCUGCGCCUCGUGAGUCCACAACAUUUUGACCACGUCGUCGAUAAGAGUAAAGACCACGGUAAACCACGUCGAUUUGUUAAUUGUAAUUGAAAUGGCACCCAGCCAGAAUUAACGCAAAAAGCAAUUUCGAGACAAUUAAUCUACAUGUGAAAGAGAAUUAUGCUAAAUGUCACAAAACCAUUCUCAAAUGAUUCCCUUCCCCUUUUUUUCAAAUACUUGGAGAAUAAACACUCACAAUUGCCAAUGAAUAAUUUUAACGCGAGUUGCACUGUAUGUAAAUAUGUAACCCCUUUUGCGCGAGUAGGGCUGACCGAAAUCGAACGAGUGUCCAACGCACUGGACAUCCGUGCUAGAUGUUAUAACUUAUAUGGCCACCACCCAGGGAGAUCGAAUUUUUCGAAUUGACUCAGGGGUGAAUGGUAUCAGGAUAUAGUAAAGAACAUAAUUCUUCCCGCUACUAACAACACAGAGAACGAAAGGUCUUGUCUCUUGCUGAUUCGGGAUUCGAUUAGGUAUUGAGAUGGCUGGACAACAAAAGAGUCAGGUGCCCGCAUGUAAAGCCAUUUAUUCUUUAAACGUUUCUUGUUUGCUUUGUCAUUUUUGGAAGACUCCUAUAUAAGAGAAGGCACGUUACAUUCACUCAAAAGAGUUUCAGUUUAUUUAUAUGAUUACAAUGGCAACUUCAAAAUAAAUCUUGCGAAAUAACGGCUAUCAUGCCAUGUCUCUGUGGGCGCUGAUAUUGAAAAAAGUUUGAGCACAGUUCUCGUAUGAGGGCCGUAUGAAAUGGCGUGAGCGGGAUCAGGAAAGUCACACGGGCCCCGAGAUGCGAACAAGAAUGAGAAGAAAAGUAGAAAUAGCGACAGUCAUACAACAUUUUAAAGAGCUAGGUCGAUCGAAGGAGAAAAUAUUUGGCUCUCGGUCAUAAGUACAUAUUAUUAUGAAUUCUUUCCGCCUGGUUGUAGAAAAAAUUGCUUUAUUAACGUCUCGUGUAAUACAUCCUUUGUCUCUUUUAUCUAAAAGACUGCUCUCGGAAAAGCUUGUUUCCCUAUUCUAUGCUUUCUAGAAAGUUCUGUUGAGGACGGAUAAAACUUUAAGUAUCCUUUCUUCACUGGUUGUGUCAUGUUUACCAGGAUUGAAUUUUAAAAAAAUUAGUCCUCUCUCUUCACGGUUGGAUUCUCCAACACUACAUGCAAGCUAAGAAACGUUUUUAAUGUUGGUUUCUUCUAACUGUAUGAAUAUGCGUGGUUUGAACACGAUUCGUGAUUCUUGCCGAGAAACUCUUUUCUCAGCAAGACGAGGCAUAUUUUUUAUCUGAUUACAACAAAUGCCUUGUUCAUACACCAUGACGUGCGAAAAAGAUCUGCAAAGUAAAGCUCAAAACUUACGAUCGAAACAUGCAGCGAGACGGAGAGAUAAUUUUCCUGCAGGUUAUGGCUGACUCUCUUACUGAUAGCUGAGAAAUUUUCCGAUGUACAAAUGCGGACUGCAGACCCAUAUCAUGCCUUCCAAUCAUCAUCAUCAUCAUCAUCGCUUUCGUGUUGAUUCUCAUGUUUUUAUUUUUUUCUUUUCCUUAAAAAGAUUGUAGUCGUUCAUACACCUAUACAUGCACUUGUGUUGUAAAAUCAUAUAUUUCUGACAAUGUAGUCGCAUCUGAUGUCAGUCAUUACAUUCCGACUGCAUACUAUUCUCCCUUCAGGCGGUAUGGUAAACUGGAUACGCUUGAAGUGACUAAAUCGUGAAACAAACUAUCACUAAUUUAUUUAUUUGUUUUUUUACCACAAGUAUUGGUGCGUUUUGCUCUUGUUGCUAAAAUUAUAAAAUUAUUAUCAAUAUCAUGAUAAUUAUCAUUGACGUCAGCUGUAUACUGUUCUUAUUUAUGCUCUUUUGCAGGUCGGAAAUACAACAAGAACGGUGAUCUUGUUAACUGGUGGUCUGAGUCAUCUAACGAAGCUUUUGAAAAAAAAUCUCAGUGUUUUAUAAGGCAAUAUUCAAACUUUGAAGCUUAUGCGAAAAAGGUGAGUGCAUUUGACGCAGAUCAUAAGAGUCAGACUGUGUCUUUCCUUUCGUGGAAUGUGACGGUGUUUGAGAAAAAUAUGAACCACUGAAGAUCCUAGUCAAGAUCCUAAUUAAGCGCCCGGUAUUUUAAGACAGUAAAAAGCCACAAAAAACAAGAGUAUUUAAGUAAACGGCCAUACCGAUGCGUCUUUAUCUUACAUUUGCAAGGAUAAAGUAAAUCUCGCAAAAUGCCGUAAGCUAACAUUACGGCAACAGAUUAUCUACCGAAGAUUUUAAGUAAAAUGAGAAAAAUAUGAAGUGAAAUGCAUUGUUUGCUUCGAUGACACUUUGAGAUGAAAGUUCCAGUUUAAGAUCUCUUUCACAAUAAAUGUACAACCAAAAGCUGAAAAAAUUAUUAUUGUUUACAGGAAUUUUUGGAAGACAUAUCAUAGGGUGGGCUUUGCUCGUUUAACGAGCCUUAGAUUGCCUUUGAUUCGUUGUAAGGAAAGUGCUCAAAUAGACAGAUGUAUAAUAAAUUCUUUUAAAUGACCAAACUUGUUCGUUAAAAGUCACUGGAUAUUAGCCUCAUUCUUUUUUAGCAUGUUAUGAACCUCAACCUCGACUUGGUCCAUAAAAACUCCGAAGAAAAAAAAAAUUCGGCCAAUAUCCAGCCAUCUUGACCUCACGCUUAGUCAAAAACACAUACAAUGUUCCGCUGAAGUCUGAGGUCUUUAACUAUUUACUGUUCUGCUAUAACCCAGAUGAGCAUUUUAAUUCCAGUGAGGGAGAAAUCCUUUCGUGCUCAACAAAAUCCGCCUUUCAGAUUGUAUUUAUAACCUUAACAUGGUAAGUUUUGGUAUUCAUCAUGCAUAUAGUGUCUCCUAAUCCUAAUUCCAUGAUACUUUCUUAAUAUAGCUGAAUGGUAUCCAAACCCUUGGAGAAAAUAUUGCAGACAACGGAGCUAUCAAGCAAGCGUUUAUGGUAUGUCAUUAAAAAAACAAAAAAACAUUUUUCAGCAAAUACUAUUUUCAGUGUUUAGUGUCUUAAUUUACUUAGGCUGCAGAAACAUGGAAACGUUUUGAUAUUGGAGCAUUUUGCAUUCAAAUGGCAUUUACUUUUGUCGCAUAUGAGUUAUUCAAAACCUCGUGAGAUCUGACAAAUCAGAAAACUACCGUGCUUUGUUUUGUCUGUUAACCUGGUAUGACUGUAAACAUAAGACCCCGGAGGUAUGCGAUGACUCUUUCCCAGGACCCUCGUCGAUGGAAAAUCCUUUUAGCCGAUAAUUGCUGUCAAAAGUUGCCGCUAAUAAAAAAGUGUCUUUUUACAGGCUUAUAAAAAAUGGAUUGAGAAAAAUGGCGAGGAACCUCAACUUCCUGCACUGAAUUACACAAAUGAACAGCUUUUCUUCGUAAGUGCUGCGCAGGUAAACUAUAUAUCGAUAAAAUAUUUCUCCGCUUCAGGUUAUUCGCUUUUUUAUUUGUGUAUUCAUGUAGCAGACAGUACUAGUUUAGUUAUAAAAACUCUCUUCCCCCCUCUUUUUCUAUAUAUAAUUUCUAAUUCGCACAUCAACCAUCUACAUCCUUCUACUAUCAUACUUCUUAGUACUAUUUUCACUACGCUCAGCGGUAAUGCUGUUCGAUUUUGACCUUUGCAAAAGACGCGACUUGCCUUUUCCCUGGUACAAAUCAAAAUCAGUGAAGAAUUCAUGCAUUUGAAAAACUAAGUUUAAAUUCGAGUACUUCACACAAAUGCAGCGUGUAAAUAUAUCUAACAUGAUGACGAUCCUCAACCUUUUUGAGGCAAACCAGUGGUGAUAGUGCCUUGUGAAUCUAAACCAAGACGCUUUUUUAGGGAAUUCCACCCCUCACGAGGAAGUCUCAAACUACUGACUCAUUCCAAUAUUUCUUAGGUGGAUUGUGGAUCUAUUCUUCGCCCAGUCGCUUUGAAAAAAAUUGAGCAGGCAACACACACUCUGGAUCACUGGAGGUAAUCUGGAUGAAAAAAAUCAAUUAGAACAAAAUCUAUCUAAAUGAAACUAGGUAAACUGGGUGACCAAGAUGAGCUGUUAUUUAUCCUUCAUAAAUCUUGACGCUAGUGCCGUGAUCAUUUAAAAAGCGCCGUAAAUCGAGGGCUCGUGUUGAAACCCGCUGCUAAUUGCCCAUUGUUCUAGUAAACAAGUCAUUCUGAUUAUGAUUGAGCGAAAUCUUUUUCCCAUAUGAUAAAUCCUGUAUUGAUCAGGCUUGUCGGACAAGAUGGCUGGAUAUUAGCUUGUUUUUUUGUUUUUUUUUUACGUUUUCAUAGACCUCGACUCGAAAAAAAACCAAGCUAAUGAGGGUUCCACACAAAGAAUGAGUAUCUAUAUAUGAAGAAAAAACUAAUCUGCAAAUUAAACGAAAAAAACAAUUGUUUGAAUGACAAGAGAACUUAGUUGACACUUCCUGUUGUAUUUCAAAAAGGGUGAAGAAGUAUUAUCAGCUGAGUUGAUGACGUUAAUUGGCCCUUCGUCAAUCGCUCUGACGAGGGGCUAACACACGAAACGUCAGCUUUUAAAAUCUUUACAGUGACCAAUUUACGUUAUCGACUCAGUUGAUAAAACUAAAUUACUCUGUUAUACUCUCCCACCUAUGCAGCACCACAGUUUCUUUAGAAAAUUACCCCUUUAUGCAUUUGAAAAAGAAAAAGUUAAAUAAAUUGGUAAUAACAACAGUCAGCCAAUAUCCAGCCAUCUUGACCAUGCGCUUACAAAUCGGCCAUGUAAUAUGGUUGGUCCAAGGCUCUCUUAAAGCCCACAGAACGAUUCGUAACAAUUUCGUGCAGGAAUCUUCGUUUCAUCGCGUAAACUUCUCCUGUAGCCCUUCUGCUUCUCAGGCAAUUGCCAAUCCUCAUUGAAGUCACGCAUAUACUUCCUUGAGAUAAUUUUCACAUUCUUCAGGAAAUGGGAAUGCUUAUUGUCAGCCGAUAAAAGUUUUCAUUUUUUUUCAAGUUCUCUCGUAAUGAGGACGUUUAGCCCCUUGCUAUGCAUUGUGAAACAUUCAAUUUAAGUCGGCAAGCUAGCGAGGUCUUAGUGACACUAGACAUCUCUCUGAAAAUAGUUGUCAAACAUUAAGGUCCGUGAUCACAUUCUUUUUUUGCUGGUGUCCUUCAAAUGUUAAAUACAGCUAAAAACUCUCCAUCCUUUGUACCGAUUCUUAAUACUGGUUGCCUCAAUAUCAGAUGGUGUGUAAUCUCAUCAUCACGCCUUGCGCGAAGUCUUCUUAAACCCAUUCCACUUUCUUUUGCCAUACCUCAUAGUCUAAGCAGCCCACCAUAGAGUUUUUUAUUGGUGAACGUCUGUUUCCAAAAUACAUCAUCAGCCAUUUGAAAUGUUUGGUGUUGCUCCCGUGAAUCCCUUUUAUGACAUAGCGCAUGCACAAGGUUUACCUAUUUCCCAAGGAGCUACCAUGGUAAAAACCCUUUUGUACUGUACGGCCAUACAUCCAUGACAUGACGUGUGCAAUUUCACUUCGGCUUUUUUAAAGCCGCUGCCUGCGACGGUUUUACAAAUGCACUGCGUUGACACAAGUAAAAUAUGUCAGAUCUGUUCUUCUGAGGUUUAGAUACCUUCCAAUUCUUUCUAUUUCGUGUUCUGUCCGUGUUAGGAACCCGCUAAGCAUUCCUCUUCUUCGUUUACGGUUGAACUCAAAGUGCUGAUGUUUCACACUAACAUCUAUGACCUGACUCGUGGCUUAAUCUUAUGCGACUUCAGUGGGAACGUAUUGUUGUCUUAAUAACCAUUUUCAUUUAUUUUUGUUAUCAUUAACAUUACUAUCAACAUAGAAUUUGCAUCUCUCCCAUCAUAAGUAUUUGCUGCUAUUUUGCAAAGUGAGAUGAUAUAGUUGUAAACAUCUACACCAAAGGAAUCAAGGCAUAUCCUAUAGCCUCACGUAAUGAAGGGCCUUCGCAAAAUCUUGCUGUCAACAACUAUAAAGCUUUUGGAGCAAAUUAGUGGCUUAAGGCACUCCUGUUUUAUAAAUCAAUGUUUUAAAAUACUCAUUCUAAGUCAUGACUUGAUUCAUUGCGAAAAUGUAACACAUGUUACACCUAUAUCUUUUAGUCCUAGAAAUUUUUGGUGUUCCACUGCUCUCUCCAACAACCCUGCAUCGGUGUAAAACAAAAUAUCGCCGAUGAGGUGCCCUCUUCAAGGUCUCGUCCGGCAUAACAAUGUCAAUGCAAUUUCAAUGUAAAUUAGAUGUGUCACAUGAAUUAGAUGGGUCACUGCCAUUUCUUGUCUCAAUUUAUUGCUGACGUUUUACGUUCUGCUGUUAUAUAGUUAAUAUUUCCCACUGAAGUCUGUCAAUCAAAUUUUCUCAUGUGAUUUCGUUAGUGCGAAGAGCUUAAUCUUAGCAAAAGAAAGUAUUUGUACUUAACCAUAAAAAUUAAUCUCUUUGCUUUUGCCUUGGUGAGAUCACUUAACCUAAUGAUGAUGCACAUUUUCCUAUAAUUACUGUUAUGCCUCUAAGCGAGAAUAAAGAGUGCGUAAACGAAUUCUUUACCUCUUCGAUACCGUUUAACUUUUAUAGCUGUUCCGUUAUCAUGCGCGCUCGUUUCGUAUUCCGCAAUAUCACGAGUUGACUAAGAUUUGCCUCGAUCACAAAUUUGCUGACUGUCUCAUGAAAAUUUUGGCUAAGCACCAAAUAAUGACAGUAAGUCUGUUCUCACCAAGGUAACCGACCAGGAUACUAUGGAACUAUGACUUGUUGUUGGCCAGAAAAUGCUUUUACGCUGAGUCAUCCCCAAUAUUGCUAAGCAGCAAUCCUCAUCUUUCUCUCUGAUCACCACUAUGUGUCUACAUUGACUUCAUGUUUACUCGAGGCAUCCUCGCAGCCUUCUCGCUUCCUCCAUUCAAGCUGGAGGACAAGCUCGCGAAAAGUAAAGCUCCGUUUGGUAAUUCAAAGGUUGUUGCCCUCGGUUAUCUGAAAUGUUUGGCCAUCAUAGAAUUUGAUCAAGACUAUCGUGCCACAAAAUCGAGAGGCAAUUUUAGCUAGGGAAGUACCGUAGGCGACCUGAGAACGUUAUGCCGGACACCAUCUUCUCCCUCCCAUGCCACUGACGAUUGUAUUUUUCGAGCAAAGGGUUGCGUUUUAUUUGGAAUAAUAGCCCCUAAUUAUUUCCCCCCAGCAUUGGGAGUUCAAGCAUGUUUGUAUGCAUUAUUCAAAUACUAGUUCUACCAAAAAUCGGACAAAUGACUUCCUGCUUGCGUAGUUAAUCAUCCGCUUGAAGACUCCGCUUUUUGUAGCUCAUCCCUGAUGGAGGAUAAACUUGAAAUUCCCCGCUUGGGAUAAGGAACUUUUGCACGACUCAGAGUAUUUCUUUAUGAUGGCCUUGUAAAUGAUUUUGAGGUUAUCCCAGAAUCUGACCUUUCUUGUGUGAAUAGUCACGGUAAAGAUAACUAUGCUAGUGCUAACUAUAUGCUAGUGCCGCGUGCACUGAGUUUACUUCAGGUAUAGAGGACAUUUCCAUGAUAUUAGUCGCGUUUCUUCAAAAUGCUCAGGGAAAUCUGGCCCGAUUAUGGUUUGCAACCAACCUCGUGAUCACAGCAAACGCUAACCGGAGUCUUUUUGGAUGGAGUCUAUCAACACUGUAGUGUCCUUUUCCUAGACGAAUUGUUUCUACAUUAUCGUUGAUGCCGAGUCUGUCUGGUGUUGGGUGCCUGUCUCUCCUCGGCAUUGUCAGCCGCAAAGAUUUCGCUAGAUUUUUGGAAGAAAUAACCCUUUUUGCUAUGGGUAGCUCGUGGAUAUUCGCCUCUGGUCAUUCCUGCACUCCAAUAAUUCUUGAUCCUCUCUCUUAUGAUGUUGUCUACACCAUGUCUAGACAUGGUUUCCAAGCAAUUUUCAAUUACGUCGACGAUUUUCUAAUCAUAACCUGUCUUUUCAACAGUCUCCGUAUCUAAGUGUCAACGUCUCUCGCGGGUCGUUGAACUCUGCGUGUCAUGUUGUCCACAGUGGCCGCACCUUUCACAGGGUUCACAAUGACUCUGGGUUCUGGGCAUCUACGCUAAUGGCCUUUAACUCGUUCUUUCUCUAGGUCCACACCGUCUUCACCACCAAAUUAUGGCAUAUUCUCUGUCCACUCAUUUGCGGCUUCUGAAAUUUAAAAUGGCAAAUGUAAUUUUCUGGAAUUGUUCAUAAGACUCAGAAGCUCACCCACCAGAUCUUUACUCUUUACUCACCCAUUAUUUCAAUUACAUUAUUAUUUAUCAGUUACACUAAGAACAACACUACAAAUAAGUUAUAUGGCCAGUAUGACUUACUUAAUGAAGAUUAAUUUCAAAACGAGUCAAAAUUACACUAUUAACAAUGUACAUGACAAAACUACGCGCUUUUGAUUGGCUGAAAACGACUGAAUUCUCAUGUAACACGAGUGCAAAGUUGUAGUACGAGUGCAAAUUACAAAUAGCACGCGCACGCUUUCAAAAUUUCGUCUGUCUUGACCUUCUGUGCCUUUUUUUUUCUUUUCACGUACAUGAUCAACAAGUAAUAACUUGAUUUGCCUUGCAAUUUAGUGUAAUAAGCGCUUGUAAUUUUUCAAAGACUACUGAUUGCGCUUGCCCUACGGGCUCGUCCAAUUUUGUUGUUUUUUAAAAUUUCACUCGUGCUUAUCGACACCAAAUUGCCCUCGAAAUCACGUCAUUACCUUUACAAACAUUAAUAACUAACCUGGGUUCAAUUUAAUAAAGAAAAUACACUUGUAGCUUUUACACGUGUAAUUUACACGGGUAAAGUCCGGCUUGUAAAUACAAGGAUGUAAUAAAACAAUAUUCCACACUGGAAUUUACACGUGUAUCUCGAGUCAGUGCACAAGUGUAAAUUACAAUUGUAGAAUUAUAGGAAGGUUAACCCCAUUGAGACCUUACAACUGUAAACUCCGCUAGAAUGUAAUACGCGAUUUUUUUACAUAUGCAAUUAAAAAUCGCUGCUGUCCUUUCAAUACAUGCGGCUUUGCUUCCUUUGCUUUCAUUUUUAUUCGUAAACAGUCGCUGAGCAUGUUAUCCAAACAGCAAAAGUUGCUUUUGGCUCAGCUUGUCAAGGAACAUAAAUUGAUAGUUUUGGCGCCAUUUUCGUCGACAGUAACGAAGAAAGUAAAGCAAGAAGCGUGGGAAAAGAUUCGCAGGCAAUUAAACGGCGUUGGCGCAAACAUAGACAGCGCCAAAACACUUCGAGAUGUUUUAUGGGCCAAUAUUCGCAGGGCUACUCUCAAAAAAGUUAGCGAAUCUAAGAAGACUGGUACAGGGGGGAGUGGAGAGCUCACCGAGCUAGACGAGACUAUCCUCGAUGUUUUUAGGCCGCGAAAGUGCAAACAUAGAGCCCGUGAAAGUCGACGAUUCGGAUAUUGUAUAUACUGCGCCUUUGAAAGAGAAAGCUCCAACUAGAAAACGUUAAGCUGAGACUGGAGAUAAAAAAACUCAGAAAGGAUCUUGAAAAUUAAUUUCAUUAAACGGCAUCCAAAAUGUAAAUUAAAUUGAUUAUAUUAGUAGCCUUUGGACAUUUGCCGAACUUAUUGUAUUAUAAUGCUACUGAUAGUCGGAGGAAUACUGUAAAUUGGUGAUGGGCGAUAUCAGAAUUAUGACCUACAUGUACACUCACUUUUUCCUUUGGAAGUUAGGUGUAAGUGUACUUUGUGCAAUAUAACGUAAUGAUUACCGUCAUUGAAUAGAAAAAUGGCCCAUUUAUUUGGCACGAUAUUGAAACAGUGGCAGUUUUAAAUUCAGCGUAAUUUGUAUAAGUCCUCACAUUUAAAGGAAGUGCUGCAGCAGCUGCUGUCUUCUGUCCUCUUGUUCCUCUCCAGAACCGAUAUCCAACUCAUCGUGGACAUUGUCGAGAUUUGCAUCGUCCAGCAGAUCAUCGCCAUUAUCGCUAAAUAGAAUGCAGAGGUUGUGCAAUAUAACAGCACACUGGACAAGCUCGGCCGCUCUUGUCAUGUUUUUCACUCAUACCUGUCUGGAGAGCGUAAAACCUUUUCUUGAGAAUGCCAAAUGCCCUCUCGAUAGUGCAUCGUGUUUUCUUAUGUGCCUCAUUAAACCUGCGGUGAGCCCCUUCUACGUCUCCUCUGAAAGGGGGAUCAACCAACUGUUACACGCGUAGGCAGAGUCGCCUAAAAUAACUGCUCCUGGGAAUGGUCUAUUCCCCUGUUGCUCAAAGGCGGUCCACAGCGAGCUUUCUUUAAUCACACGUGAAUCAUGCCACCUCCCAGGGCAUCGACUGCUACAGAAGUAGAUUGUGUAAUCUGGGCCUGAUACCAUGGCGACAUUCAGAGAUGUGGAAUGAUGUCGGUUGACGUAGGCGUCUUCAUUAUUGCGAGGUGGGUUCACUUGAACGUGAGUUACAUCAACACAUCCUGCGACACACGGAAAGCCCGCGAUGUCUCUGAAUUUAGCGGCGAUACUUAGAGGCUGACCAGGCCAUCGUAUGAACUCCCGCUUCAAGCUUAGUAUUGCAGGAACAAUGCGAUGAAUGAUGUGCCAUACUGUUGAUGUGGAGAUCCCAUGACAAGAGUGCAUUACGUGAUAGAAGGAAUUUGUUCCAAGGAAAUGGAGAAAUGCUAAAAGUUGCUGUCUUGCCGUUGGUGCUCUGUUACGUCUCGUUCUAUGCUCCAAGCGCGGGCCUAUUAAUUCCAAAAGGUGGACGAAGGCGUCCACAGGCAGACGAAACUUCUCUCGAAAUUCCCUUGGAUUUUCGAUGUCGAAAAGCCGUCUGUUUUGAAAAUUCCUAGGUUGACGGAUAACUUGACGUCUAAGCAGCUCGACGAGUUCCCCUUCACUCAAGGAUGACAUGUUGUGAUGCUCCAAUGUCCUUUUUCAGAAGAAGUAUUCAAUGUUUACAAGUGACAUGCGACAUGUAUUUUUCACUUGUGAUUUACAAGUCAGACUCUUGUAAAAAAACAAGUCGGACUCUUGUAAAAGUUUUAUUAAAUUUGAUACUUAUCAUCUUUUACACUUGUAGCGAUACACCUGUAAUUACAAGUCGGACACUUGUAACCUGGACUUGUAACGAUGUUUAUUAAACUCGUUUUCGUCUGCACUUGUAAAUACAACGGUCCAACUUGCAGAUUACAAAUGUAGAAGUUUUAUUAAAUUGACCCCUGAACGUAUAGUUCGUUUACCAUCCGUUGUGCAUUACGUGCGCAAAACAUAUUGCUCUUUAGCACACUUCACUUACAAACAUACCGAAAUAAUUACUUGCAUCACAAUUGGUGUGACAUUCAUCAUAUUUGUGAAAACUUACAAUACUAGCAACGCUAACAAAAGACAUGAUGAUGGUAAUAAUUAUGAUAAUACUGAAUUACAAAACAAUCUUUCAAUCUUCAGAUUCAUAAUUUGUUUCUUCUCUAAUGAAGAGUUAUUAAAUUCUGGUUUCUAUUGUACAAUCGCUUGGUAUAUUGGUAAAAAAGAAGACGCUUUGUUGGUUAAGAAGUUUAGUUUUAUAGUUAUAUAACAGAUAGAGAAGCCUAGACUGUGCUCUGUUUUGUUGGAAAGCACGCAGGAACCCGCUGGAGCACGAAAGAAGUGUGGGGAGGAACACGAGACGUAGUCGAGUGUUUCUCUCCACUUCUUGAGAACAGAACACAGUCAGGGCUUCUGCAUUUGUUUUUUAAUAAAGAAUCCGUUAAAUGUGACAGAUUUAGCUCAGCUCUAUGCUUUGUACUCUGAUAGAGCACGCUCUUUCAACCAGUGACAGCGCGCGUUAUAUCUGAACUUUAUUAUAAUUUACUUUGGGGCAAAUGAAAUGAUUCUCCAUGAAGCAGGAGAUGUGUUUUGUAUACUAUCGUCUCAAGCAAUUUUUAACGCUCUUUCGACCACAGAAACGUCUCACAUUUUCUCCAUCAAUGUUUCUCCAACUUUUAGGGUUUACCUUCCCAAAUAAAGCUGAAAUAUAGCCUGUUUCUCAUAUGCAAUGUUCGGGAAUAAUGAGCACAGGGGUGUUAUCAUCUGUUUCGAGAGGCCACGUGUUUUGAUAGUGCUCAUCCUUUCACAAAGCUAAGUUUUCUUCACGGCCAGUCUUCUUUGUUUCGUCUCAUUUGGUUAUACUUUUUUGUCCAAUUUACUGUCCCCUCCUAAGCCCCAUUUUAACACUCGGAAAAGUGAUGGCUUAAACUUUCAAACUUUCAACGUCUAAGUUGAUACAAUCUUUAAGGCCAAUCAGACCUCCUCCUCACAAUUGUGAUAAUGACUGCAAUUAAAAUUUUGAUCGUCAUCGCGAUUGAGAUUAUCAAUUUGAUUUCAUUGUGAUAGGUAUUAGACAGUACUAUUGCAUUGAAGAAUAGUGACGUCAUUCCUCGAUUUUUGCUCUUUAUAGGGUUGUUGGAGAAAUGUCAAACUCCAAGGACUUCGCUGCAGCAUUUAAUUGCCCAGCUCAUUCUCGAAUGAAUCCUGUUAAAAAAUGCUCCAUAUGGUGAAUCACAAUACUAAUUAUAGCCAUUACAACUUCCCCAAAUGUGAUUGUUGCAUCAGCUGCUUUAUGUUUCGCUAAUCACUCUGUACAGUUGUAAUCGGACAGUUGGCUGUAAUCGGAAACCUGUAAUCGGAC